CCCAACGCCCUCCAUUAGUUGUGUUUGUCGGCCGGCUGCGGACGCUACGGAAAGAUUUUGUUCGUGCAGUGUUGUGUUUUCAUUUUUUUUUUCCACGAUGCUCUGAUAAUAAUAAAUUAGGUGAACGGCAACGCCCGGCUAUAUUACAUUAUAUUAUUCGGCGAAGGAAUAUCGUUUGUUUACUGCAUCCGAGACAACGAAGACAAAACACCGAAGUCAUCUGUCCGCGGUACGGCACCUGGUAAGAAGCGAUUGUUAGAUUGUUAUAGGUAUUUAUACUUGAUUUUAUUAUUAUUGUGCUGACCGGUUAAUAGAAAAAAAAAAACAACAAAUUACAUCGGUAUCACCCGAAACUAAACUCUCGGCGGCGGCGUUAAAUGACAGUUACAAUCGUUAUUAGCCAACUCCGUCAAUUUAGCCUUGACCAACAUAACAAUGUACAAUUUUAACGGGUACCUAUUAUACAUAAUACAAUAAUAAUAUAUACAUCAAUUCGGCGACCGUAAUGUUUUACCGCCCGUCGCCCCGAUCUGACAACACCCGGGGCUUGCGUACGAAAACUCGUUUCCUGUCGCCGUCGCGUCGUUCGCGUCCGAACGAGAAUUCGGUGCGAAAACGCGAAAAUGUCCAUUCGUUCAUUACACGUCGCCGUCGCGAUGACGGUAUUUUUUCUCUCGUCCUCCAAUUCCGAUGGCCAUAAUUAUUUACGUUUUUUUAACGUAUCGAGCGGUCGGCGUUAUCGAAAAUGAUGGGCGGGUAGGUACUCGAAACUUUCAGAUUAUUGUUUGAGUUGUAUUACUAUUAUUAUAGUGUUGUAAUUGUGUAUAUUAUUUCACCCCCUCCCUCCCCCUUCUACGCACAAACACAAACAAACUGAUCGUUCCGGUUAUCUCGAAUACAAUAGGUAAGAAAUUAACGAUUACUAAAUUCGCCGCCAAUACCCGUCUCGAUAUUGUCAACGAAAAUAAAUUUUUUUUACAUAUAGAUUACAACAGAGCCGGAAUACGAGGAACUCGCGUACUUAUAUUAUCUAUUCGGGGGUCAGUGGAUUGUUUUUGUACGCUAUAUGUACGGUUUUUUUUUGGUUUCGCGAUAGUCUGAGAUCUCGGCGGACCGUUAAUCGUCAUUUACCCAACACGGGUAUGGCGUUAGUUACCUAUCUACCUACUUACCUAAUUUAUAAUAACUUCUCCCACAGUGUCCGGCUCGUCAUAAUAUACUGUUCCCUCCGCUCGAAUGAAUUCCGUUUAUUUAAAUGUUUAUUAAGUAGGUAAUAAAAUGCAGGCGUUUCCGCUCGAAAUUGUAUGUAUUACCGCUAAUUGUGCGCUCUCGAGUACAAUAUUUACAAGGUUAGAUAACAAGGUGUCGGGUUUUUAUUUUCAUUAAAGAGCCUUUAUGAAAUGCGCUCGUUAAUUAGUUGCCUUUAGGUAUAUACCAUAUUAAACCUUCAACACGUAUAUGUAUAAUAAUAAUUAAGAAUGGAAAUGUGUAUUAUUAUAUUAGGUAUUUAAAAUUGAACAAUAAUUGGAUAAUCGUUCGUUUAAGUCGAAACUCGUUUUUCGUCUCGUUUGACCGAUCGUUUACAACCGUAUAAACGUUGUUUGAACUUGUGCAAUGAACGUCAGAUUUGGGUAAAACACUUCACGAAAAGUAUUCAGAAUAAAUAAAUAAUACUUACAAAAGGCAGUAUUCCGAAUAUGUAAUCGAAUUCAUAUGCUGAUGGGUGUGACUCGGUUGUAUCUUGUAUGUGGGAACUAACUGAAAAUAAAUACUUUCCGAGUAUAAAAAUAAAUGGUGAAGGGGUGAACCGUUGGGAAUUUCAGAAAAAAAUAAUUUCGAUCGAGUACUUCAGGGUGAAAAUUUUUCAUCUUUUAAAGUAAUACGUGAACAAAUCGAAUAAUUUUUAUUAAUCGGAAAAGUAUUUUCCUAGUAUAAAAACCCUUGUAUUAUAGUUCAUCAUCUUCAAUAUUAAAACCAAAAAAUUUAGAAAACAUGAAAAGUAUUCGAAAUACUACAUAUAUUUUACGAAAUUUGAGUUUGGCAAAUUUUUUUUUAGUUUUUUUUUUUUUUUUUUUUGCAUUUUCACGCCUACAAUAUAUAUUAUUUGCACGCGUAUACAUUUAAAUAUUUAAAUUUUGUGUUUUGCAAUUAAUAGUAGCUAUACACUGAAUAUAUUAUUCAAUUGGAAGACGCGUAUAUAUAAUAUGAGCGAAAAUCGCUACCUUUUGCCAAGUCUCAAAAACAAGUAUUGUGGUCGUCAAUUAAUCAUUAUGUAAUUAUUUUUAAUUUAAAGAUAAUAAUUACAAUACAUUUUAUAAAAAUAACGUAAUACGUAAACUAAAUAAUAAUAUACUAUAUAUACAUACUUAAAGGGAUGAAAAAGAACCGUUCACUUUAAAAUUAGCUUACUCUGAUUUUUACCCGAAUUUACAUAAUAAUAUCACAUUAGUAGGGUACUUGAUUCAUUUUAAACAAAACUACAAAAAAAAAGGAAAAAAAGUGAAACCCAAAAUUAUUAGGACUCACGAGCAGCCAGCAUUACAAACACGUAUAUUAAAGAAAUAACCAUUGAAAGAGUUAUAAAAAUAAAAUAAUUAUUGUCGUUACAUAAUAUCGGUAGAAUAAUAAUACUAUUCCGAGCAGUAUUCGUAUCUAUCCAUACUGUAGUAAAAAUAUUGUACCUACCUAUGUGUUAAAAUGAAUGAUCGACGAAUAAUGGGUAUUGCAGUUUUUGUACAAUGGAGAUUUAAUACCUAUAAUCUAUUGUUGUGCUCGGUAAAAGAAAAGUUAACAACGUCUUUAAAUAAUAUUUCUAUUAUAAAUAUGCUUAACAUCAACGAGCUUUAAGUUAUUAAAACUAUUUACUCAUUUUAUAAUAAUGUAAAUCUAAUGAAAUUUACCGGUUUAUUCAAUUUGUACCCUAUGUUUCUCAAAAAAAUGUCAAAUAGAAAAUUAAUUAUUACUUAAUUCGUUACUUACUCGUAUUAUUUUAAUUUCCUUUUUUUACGAUUGAUUAAAAAAAAAUAGAAUCACCGAGUUUUUCGUUUACGAUUUGCAUAUCAUUGUUGUAAUAAUAUUAUUCGUAACUAUGACAUCAUUCUGUGGGUCACGAGUUUAUAAUUUUCGACUAGUAGGUGGAACAUUCAUUCCACCUUACACUCCCUUCCCCCAUUCCCUUUUUUUCUGAAUACACUUCCUCAAUGUUGUAGUAAUAUCUAUCUUGCCAAAAAAAUAAAAAAAAACAUUUACUACAUACGUAGGUAUAUUUAGUAUUUAAUGAAUGAUCGAAAUCAUUAUUUUAGAGCUUAAAUUUAAUAUUUACAUAUUUCAUACCUACGUACGUAUUAUUAAAUCGAAUUUCUAACCAAAAUAUAUAAGUUAGGUUAGGUAUUUAUAUUCAGUUUUAACAUUUUGUUCAAUUCAAUUAUUUGGUACCAUUGGCAUUUUUACACAGCAGUGACGUGGCGUUGACUGCCCACAUUUUCUGGCCUUAACUCAAAGUUAUGGAUAAAACAUCAAAUUAUAGUCACAGCCAAAAAAUCCGUCUACAUUUAAACAUACUUAAAUUAUAAUAAAGUAAUAAAAGAUAAGGUUGCAGACACUUAUUUCAAAAAAUAAUACCCUUAAUGAAUGUUUUUUUUUUUUUUUUAUUGUGAAUAAUCAAAAUGAUAAACGAUUAACACAAAUAUACUCAUCUCAAGUAUAUAAUCAUCACUAUAUCAAGCCCACUCAAUUUCUAUAGAUUUCGUAUUUCAAGAGUUCUUGGCCUUGAUCGUUCGUAUAUAUUAUUGUUUCAUCAAUUCAAAGACAUUAAAAUAUACAAUUAAAAACGUACAAGAUAUUUAUUUAGGUAUUUUAUCAUUCAAAUCAAUAUAUUUUUGCUUACGUGUGUGUUUUCAAAUUACAAAUAAUUGUGUAUAGCACUGUUUAGUAUUUACUUAACCUAACUUUUUGUUUGUUUUACGAGUAUUAAUCGGUAUAUAUUUGAAUAGUGUAUUAACAUUCCGAACAAUUUUCACACCUAUUGGUUAUGAAUUUAUGAUUUUAACCAAAAUUUUAACCAGUAUCUAUAGUAGUACCUAAAUAUUGAAAUACAAUUAGGUACACCAUUUAAUGUAACCAUGUACAACCAAAAUAUGUUCCAAAUCGUUUUUCGUUAGCAAUGAUUAAUUGUUUUAUAUAGAUAAACAUUAAAUAACUUUUUACAUCUUACCUUUCCAACUUCUCAUGUACAACAGUGGUCCAUCGUGCGAAGUAUGUCGAGUCUUUUUAAAUGAUAAAUUUACUCUUUUAUCGCUUCUCUACUCCUCCGGUCCAAAAUUUAAACGGUAAGUCUGAUUUAUCAUUAAUCUGAAUCAUUAAGCCUAUUAGUGCUAUGUAUACUAAAAUUUCUAGAAACAAAUUCUUUAUUCGAAUCUGUGUUUAAAAAGGGGUGUUUCUAUUUGAAAAUCAAAAGUAUAUACUUAUUUAAAGUAUUUGGAAUAGGGGUACAAAAUUAAAAAUAAACUAAGAAACGAUUCCAAAAUCAAAUUCACUUAAAUAAAAUCCUCCUAAAAAAAAUGGCUGGUUCAUGAUAAAAAAAAAUAAAUAACUCUGUUUUAUCUUUAGUUCAUUUUUUUAAAGCGCUACUUUCCAAUUUUCAAGCCUAUUGUUAACUAAUUCCAGAAUUUCUCCUAUCAAAGAUAUAACAUCUGCAAAUAUCAUGUGCUAUGGUAUCUCAUCUCACCAUUUGUUGCCUCUUACUACAGGUAGAUGUUCUGUGAGAGUAUUCUAAUUCCCUUCCAUAAGGAAAAUUAUAUAAAGAAAUAAUUUUUAAAAUUAACGUACAUUUUCUCCAAGAAGAAUUACUUAAUAUGUUAAAUUCAGUUUUAAGUUUUUUCAUUAUGACUUACAUUAUUUAGAAGGUAUAUAUGCAUUUGAUACCAAUUGAAACAAAAAUAUAUUAUCUUAGUAUUUCCCCUUUUUUAUUAUACCUAAUUAUUAUAAAAUACUUAAUCAUUUGCCUAAUUAUUAUACUUUUUACUCAAGUUUUACUUAAAUAGUUUUGUUUUUGUACGUAGGUACUUGUAGGUAUUUAUAGAAUGUAAAUUGUUCAAAUACACUUAAUUUAAGCGGUAUCUAAAUGUCUUGGGAAUCAGAUCCACCCAAACAUAAUUUAAAUCACUAUACAUACCUACUAUGUUUGAAUACCGAAUCGUUAAGUCUUGUAUUCACGUCAAGCACGAUUUUAAAGACUAUAAUUUUUUUUCAGUUUUAAAAUCUAACUACUGAACUAGGAGCUAUUUUACAAACAUAUUAAUAUGUUUGUGUAUAUUUGUCAUUUUUUUUAACAAAUACAAAUCUGUGAAAAUCUUAGACUUUUAGAUUGAAUAUCUCGUAAUAUACCUACUGAUAUAUUAUGUUAAUAACAAUGUAGAUGCGAUUUUUAAACGAUUAUAAAAAAAAAAAUUAAAUAAAUAAUUAAAAUCUUUAUUAAACAAUUAUCGUGAAUAAUCAUAAACUUAAAGAUUUAGAGUGGAGCGAAGAAGCUUAUGGUUUUACCUCGGUUUUAUAAAUAUGUUUUUUUUUUCGAUGGACAACUUUUCUACCAGAGAUCUUGUUUCGAUUUUUAAGUGUAGUACCUUUUUGAAAGGUUAGGGUUAAUUUUUUUUUUUAAAGAAUUUUAAGGACUCUAAGGAAGUCAUUUUUCGAUUUUCUCGAGUUUUCCCAUCAAAUGUCAAAAACCGAAAAUAAAACUGAGGAAAAACGAGAAAAUGUACGAAAUCUAUUAGUAAAAUAUUACGAUUUUUUUUUCCCGUGGACAAAUUUUCUACCAGUAAUUUUCUUCUAACUUAUAAUGAUAGCAAUUUUUCUAAACGGAAAUUUUACCGGAGAGGUACUUUAGAGAGGUCAUUUUUCGAUUUCCUCAAGAGUUUUUUCAACAAAUGUGAAAAACCGAAAACAAUUACUAUGCAUGGUAUCUUCUGAAAUACAAAAUAUUCUUUGUAUUAUUCGAAAUAUUUCAUUAGAUAUGUUUCGUAAUUUGUACUUAUAACGAAAUGUGCGAUAAAAUAUUAUUAUAUAGUUUCAUCCUCAUACACUUGAUAUUAAAAACAAUUUUUUUUUUCUGUAAAUAAAUAUGAAUUUAAAGUGAAUAUUAUAACAUAAUACUUUUUUUAUAUUGUUAAAAAAAAAUAUAGGUUAUAGACAUAACAAUGCCUCGUCUUAAUUGUAACAGGCGCCACAAGGGUUUAUAAAACCAACUCAAUAUCAAUCAAUGCGACUAUGCGAUGGUGGAGCGGUAGGGGUGAAUGCUUGCAGUGUUUUGAAUUAUUUCUGCCGACGGGUCGUCGUUGGACGAGAGUUUGUGCAUUACACCCCCUGCUCGAUCUUUUGGGAGGCUACAGUUUCGUAAUUGCCCUCCUUGCCAGCUGAUUCCGGAAACGGAUCGAAUCGCAUUUGUGAUCUGAUUAUUUGGUUAUGUUUAAAACGACCUAUUAUAUUACUUAAUAUAGCUGCUUUACAGCGAAUUAUAAUUUUACCAGUUUUGUAUACAAAUCAAACAAAAAACUACACGGUUUUGUUUCUAAAUGAAAACUAUUAUAAAUAAACAAAUUGGUACUAAAUAAGCAUAAUCGAUUAUUUAAUUGACCGUUAUACUCGUGUUUAUAGUUAAAAAAUUUUUUUUUAAAUUUAAUUAAACUUCUUAGUUAUUAUUAAUUUUUGAAAUAUAAAUUACUUUGACAUGACUGCUAUAAAUACUAUUAGCCAGAGUAGAGUAUUAUCUUUUCAUAGGUAUAGUUUAAAUAGGUAAUUAUUGUACGCAUUUUAAUUAUCUAUAGGUAAACUAUGUUUUUUGGUUGGUCGAAAGCAAUUUUUUGUAAACCUUAAAACGUAUGAAAUUGCACGAUCAAUUGUGUUGUCAAAGAUCAUCGCUGAAUCAAUUUGGAUAGAAUUAAAAUAUCUCUAAUCACUUAUCAAGAACAAUAAAUUUAAUAAGUUUAGCAUUUACCUUAUUAAUCACAAACAAAUUUAAAAUGUAUGAACUAAUUGCAGUUUUUAUUACAGUUAGUUUGUCAGACAAAAUUAUUUUUAUCUGUAACUAAUUCUAUUAUUACUACUUGAUAUUAUAUAUCUAGGUAUAUAAUAUGAUAUUAUAGAAUCUAGAUAAUACAAAACAUCUUUGAUACAAAUUAGAAAAUAAUAUUUUUUUUUUCAUAAAAAUAUUGUACUUAUAGUAAAAAGUUUGUUUAUUUACUAAUUGAUAUGAAAUUCAUGUAGAAAUUUAAAUUUAAAUACUUUAAUAAAAUGUUUUGAAUUGUUUUGAAUUACACUAACAUAAUUUACUUUUAUACAUUGUAUACCUAUUUAAUAUGUAUUGUUAUUAUUUGUUAUAAUAUCCCUAAUCGAACUAUACAUAUUUUGUGGAAAAAAAAAAAUACUUAAAAGCAAUAUAGUCAAUAUAGGUAAUUUAAGUUUUAUCUACAAUGAUAAUUUAUUUUUUAACGUUUUUUCUUUGAAAAACCCUUUCCCAGCAUUAAGAAAUUACCUUACUGUUACAUAUAGUUUUGCCUUAUAAUCUUUUUCUAUUAUUAAAAAAUAAGAUAUUGAAUCUGAGUGGUAGGUAUUUAUUUUAGACCUUUAGGGAGCUAUUUUAUAUGAUAAAAUGAAAAAAAUUUUUUAAAGAAAUCAUGUACAUAGCUAUGGUCAAAUAGUUUUAUCUACUAUAUUUGUGUAACGACCUAUAGGUCCAUCUAGUCUAUGCUAUUCCCGCAGUAAUGGGUUAGCAGAAAAGUGUAGAAAUUGCUAAAAUAAAAUCCUAAAAAAUGUACUCUUGAGAAAAAAGACUUACAAUUAUUUUUACUUACCUAUAGAAAUACGCUAAUGUCAGGUUGUAAAUAUUCUCCAUCAUAAUUGUUGUGUAAAGUGUAAAAUGCAAAACUACCAAUAUAUUAAAACUAAAAAUGGUAAAUACAAAGGAAGAGAUAAAGAAAAAAAAAAAUUAAGAAAAAGUCAUAUAUUAUGAUAGAAUGACAAAGAAAAGAGAGAAAUUUAAGGAAGGUGAAUAAGUUUUAGUUAGAGAUGUAAAGAAGUUGGAAUGGGUAAACGGUCAUUAAAGUACUUAAAGUACUGAGAUCAUAUUUAGUCGAUAUAAACAAAGUUGUAAGAGUGUAUAGAAGAAAUUAAUAUAAUUUUAAAAAAAUGACUGAAAAAAAUUAGUUUUUUUUGAAUUUGUUAAAGUUUAUAUGUAUUUAUUAUGAAUGUGUAAUACUUAUUUAAUAUUAUAAUAUUAUAUUUGUAAUUUAAUAGUUAUAUGUAUAAAUUCUGUAUUUUGUUGUAAUUAAUUGCUACUGUAUUAUGUAUUGGAAACUUAACUUUAAUAUUGUCAUAUACUAUUGUAGUAUUGUCAAUAUUAUCAUAUUAUUAUUAAGUGAGAAAUACUGUAUACCUACCAACUAACCUAAAUCAUUGUAUCAUUCGCCGUUUCUACUGUCGGACCUCGUCCGUUGCAUUACAUAUAAGCACACUUUUUACUGUCUAUAGCUAAUGAUUUUUAUAUUUUUUAUCAUUUUCCAUGCAUUACAUCAUCAAGUUAAGAUAAAAUAAUAUCCAAAGUAGCUUUCAUAAUGUAGUUGGAAAAAACUAAAAAGUUAAAAUUGAUUAAUAUUCAUGGUAACUUGACGUCUCGGUUUAAUUGUUUUAAUUUUUGCAAACGAUGUUUUUUACCAGAAAUCUUGCCUCCGAUUGAAAUAUGUCAAUCCGAUUUUUUCAAAUUACGGCGCAAGGUUAAGUUUCGGUUAGGUUAGGUUCACAAGUGGUCUGAUAUUGCACUACUCCCUUACACGCGUAUUUCUUUCAUACAUGACUACUCAGCUAUGUACUAACAUGUGGUUUAUUUGGUUUGUUACCAAUCCACAUGGUGAGAUACAUGUUUGUUUUUUGUAAGGGAAGUAUGUGCUGCUUAUAACCAUAUUUAAGGGGUAGCAAAAGUAAUUUAUUUAUUUUCAUUACCAUUCGUGUCUACGUGGUAUGGUUUCUAUCCAAUCGUUGGCUAAUACAUGGCUUUAUUUUCCCAAUCCUCGCUUUGAAAUUCCCUAGGUCUUAUUUUGGUUAUUAACCAGUAGGGUAUCGCCUAACAAUGUCUAGAUCAUUGAAGAAUUCGUUUUUUAUGUUAUUAAUCUUGACUUCUGUUGGUGCAUAGCAGUUAAUUAAAAACAACUGGUACAACUUGCAUUUAAGUUCUAUAAAUAGAGUUCAUUGCAUAGCCGAUCAAUUUAUUGAUUUACUGCGUUCAGAAAAAUGUUAUCUUUAAUCACAAAACUUAUACUGCGUGCUAAGACUAUUGUUGUUUCUUGAAAACUAUUUUUUGUAUUAGGUAGAGUUGUCAGCCUACGCUUAACCUAUAACCUUUAGGGACAGUUCACACUAAUUAAUGUGGGGCUAUUGCAAUACAUUUUAUAGCUUUUAGUUUUAUUAAUAAUUGGGGAAAUCCGAACAUUUAGGGUAUAAAUGUAUAAUGAUUUGCGUUUUUUUUAAUAUCGGUUUUUUUUUGUAACUUGAUUAAAAAUAGUUCAAGCUAUUAAGUGGCAUUUUUUUUUUUUUUUUGGUUUUAUGCGGAUAUAAUUUGUUUUUGAGGAACAGAAAUACUUGACAAUUUUUUCCCAUCUACAACAGUGACAAACCCGUUAGUAUUGUCAGUUCUUUUUUCCCCAUCAGAUAAUCAAAAAUUAGGGAAAAGCUAAAAAUAAAUAAAUAAAAUUUAGUAUUGAUAUUAAAAUUAUGAUUCUGGGAUCCACUCAAAAUUGUUUUUUGAAUGCAAUAAUGAUAUUCAUCAUUGCUUUAAAAUGUAAAAUAAUAUUAAAAUACUGGCUUGUGCCCCAGUGGCCUAUUCAAGGUGGUUUAUUUUUAACUCGUGUGUUAUUAUACAGAGAGUGCCCCAUAAUGAUAUAUUAUUUUAAAAUAAAGAGGUUAUGGUGUUUACAUUACUUGAUAAAUUCUUUUAGAACACCCUUUGUCCAUUACAGAUUUUUUUUAAUUAGCCGAGUGUUUUUUUUUAAACAUUUUAUGUCGUGAUAAUUAAUUUAUUAUUUUAAAAACGAAUUGUUACCCGAUGAUAUCGAAUAUACCAAACCCUGUAAUUUUUAGGUAGAACUGUGUUUAUAUACAGUUUGGUGUAAUAUUACUAUAUUUUUUUUUUUUGCUAUAUCUAGGUACCUAUUAGAUAUCCUAGAUUUGAUUGAAAACAGUUAGGUUAUUUCUAUUUAAAAAUAAACAAUAAUUUUCUGUCCGUUGCGAAUUUUAAAUUAUUGAUUUAUAUAGGUUUUUGCAAUAAUUAUAGUUCGCUCAUACGAUUUCAUAAGUGCUUUAUUUCAGUAAGUAUAUACUCACAUGUAAAUAUAAACAUUUGUUAUUUUUUACACAUUUUUGCAGUAUUUUUUUAGUAGAUAAUACUAUAAAUUGAAGAAACUAAAUAACUCCGCUAUUAUUUUAUUCGCGUUCAUUCAAAAUUCCUAAACAAUUAAUUUUGAAUAUGGACGUUUUUCAUCCUGGCCUGUCAUAUUAACUAGUAUUUAUUUAUUUUAGCAAUCUAGGUUGUAUAUAAUUCCAAAUUAACAUAAAACAUGACUAAUAUUUAUAUUUAAGUGUACGUGUUAUCGUAGCAUGUGAAAAUUAUAUUUAAAACUCGAUAGCGAUACUCAUUCAGUUGUUCUGCAGCAUUGUUGUGCUAAUUGUUAUUUUAUUUUUUUACUAUUUUAGGCUGUCUAUACAUUUAUAGAUCGAUACAUACGUGAAAAUUCAAAGCACUAAAAUAUUAUUUGAUAUAUUAUGUACCUAUUUUUUUUUACAUUUUCCUAUUGUAUUCAUAUCCACCGAAUAAACUUAAUAAGAUUAGGUAGGUACAUUUUAGAAUUUAAACGUAUUUAUUAUUUUUUUUUUCUGUAAAAGUUUGAAUUUCUUUAAAGCAAUUCAGUUUGAUAAUCGACAAAGAAAAUAUACUAUUCGUAAAUGUAUAGAAUUGAAUUAUUAAUGUAUGCAAAUAUCAUAACAAAAUACCUACAUAAAUUUAAAAUAAUCGAAUAAUAAGAUAUUUAUCGUGCAAUUUACUUUUAAAACUUAAGUAUCUGCAAUAAUCUGCACAGUAGUAGGUAAUGGUAUUAAUUUUAUAUAUACAUAAUUUAUUAGUUCGUUUCAUUAGUAAACAAUUAUUAAAUGUAGUACAGGUAUCUAAAGCAAUUUUUUAUAAUGAUUAAUACCAUUUUUUAUUUUGUAAAAUUAUCUAAAAUUUAAUAUUUUCCUUAAAGUUGUACUUUUUUUUAAAUAACUUAGUAAAGUUAUGUUUUCCGCUUUUAUAAGAAUUUCCCACGAGGAUAUCUUAAUUGCAAGGAAUGGGGGAAAUCAUUCCUCGUAUAAUUUAUAAAUUUGUAUGUAUAACUAAUAGUAUAAUAAACAAUUUGUUUGAUAAUUGUAAAUAAUGACGCUUAAAGGUUAAUACUAAUAGUAUACAGAUAAUUUAAUUUAAAUUAAUAACAUUCGGGAUAAUGUCGAUUUGUUAUUUUAUUCUAAUUUAAUAGGUUUUUUUUUUUUAAUGUUCAUACAUUAUAUUUGCUAUUUAUAUACAUUUUUACUAGUUUCCUUAUAAAUUGUUUCGUCAACCGAUUGAAUUAAAGAUAAUAGUACUUAUCUAGCAGUAAAUCUAGUAGAAGGUACUUAAAUUAUUACUGAAACUUAAUAUUAUAUUGCUUUACAAGUAUUUACUAAAUAUAGCCCACGGGUGUUAUAGUCGCCUCUUAACUCCUAAUGUUGAUAGGGUUUCAGUAGGCUUAUAAAGUAUAAAUAAAUAAAUAGAAAAUAUCUUAUAUUACGUCACUCGUGAUUAAAGAAUAAGGAAUUAAAUGUUAAGUAUAUCUAAAUUAUUCAAAAUCGUAUAUAAUAUAUACCUAAUUCAUUACUAAGGAUAUAUUAUAAAAAAUGAAAUUAACUGAGCAAAUUAAAAUAGUACUUAAAAUUAUUCGCAGGAGAAUAUUAAACCAUCGUUUUCUCAAAGUUGUAUACAUUCAUGGUUACAGGUAUUCCAUUUUGUACUAUUUUGAAUUUUUUUUUAAUAGUUUUUUAUCUGUAUAUUUUUAUUGCUGAUAAGUCUUCAUUUUAGAGCCAAGUUUUAUGAUUGAUUACUGGUUAAACAUUCAUAUUAUAACAAUAAGAAUAUGUUAUACUACUUUUAUUAAAAUUAAUCUGAUAUAGGUAUAUGGUAUAUGGGAACGGUUUUUUUACUGCGGGUAAUAUGGAAACGUGAUGCACGAAUUGUCAUAAUAAUUAUGAUAAUACAGAUGACUCUGAAAUGUGCACGUUUUAAUAUUUAAAUACGAACUCGACGACGUAAAUAAUUUAAAUUCGUUUUUAUAAUAUUAUAUUACGCAUCUUUAUCUUGGUUCAAGGUAUCAAUGGAUCAUUAGAAUAUUAUAUUAAUAUGAAUGAUUUCUAUUCGAAAUAUUAUUUUAAUGAGCUGUUAUAAAUAUAAUACGAUGCGUCCCAUAUAUAAUAAUGAUUAUAUUAAACGAGCGAACGAAAUCAAAAUUGUUUUUAUUAUUCGUUCAAUGGUUCAAGCCGGGUCGUCGGAUGAUAAUUCAAUUUCCGUUUCGUUGACCUCUCAUAAAUUCCGGGUGUUUCAUAUUUUUUGUGUCUCAAUGGCAGUAUUUUAAAAAAAAUAAUAAUUAUUAAUCAUGUGUCCGUAUAUAAGUAGGUAAAUUGUAUUUAAACGUGUAUCAAUAAAUUUUAAUUAUUAAUUUUUUAAAAGAUAUAUUAUAGCACACAUUUUCGCUGAACUGCUCUACGGCCGUAUUAGCAAUUAUUUGUAGUAAGUCGUCUUACUAAAAUAACUUAAACGUAACCGGUUUUAACUUUUUCUUCUUAGCCAUCCUCUCGUCGUCACGAAGCCGUCUUUUAACGAAUAGAAUCGUAAAUAUUAUUCCAUUUGUGGCGAUUAUUGUCACGCCAUUUAACCUUCGCCGAGAUACCGUACAACAAUUUUAUUUUUAGUAUAAUCGUAAUGGUUUUCCUUUAUUUGCACUUUAUGUGUUCCAUAGUAUUGUAAAAUAUCGACCCAUUGACGACACUGGUGUUAUAUUUUUGUUGUAAUCUACAUGUACUGUAUAAUUUUUCUGCUAUCACUUUCAUUUCGAUUCGUCCGUGAAUUUUAUGUGAGUAUGGUUUUAUUUUAUUAUGUUUUUUUUGAAUAAGAAGUACCAUCGAAACGUUUGGAAAAAUAAUUAGUGUAUAGAAAUGCACGCAGACGUGUGUGUGUGUAUGUAUGUAUGCGGUUCAUAUUGUCGGUUUUAUAAAUCGGUCGUGUUUGUCACUUUGCCAAUGAUGACGACCGUGUGCGUAAUCCGGCGUUUAUUCUCGGUACAUUCCUACUCUGUAUAAAGGCGCAUUUUUUUUGUCUGUUAUUUCGCGGAGUUUCCGUGUAAACUUAUAAUAUUAUGGCGUUCUGGAAUUUUAAGCUUCCGUCUAUAUUUUUGUAAAUAUAACUUUUUAAAUGAGAAAUGAGAAUUUUUAGGUGGAUGAAUGAAGUGACAAAAAAAGAUGGGAUAAAGAAUGAGUAUCUACAUAAGAGUUAGCUUUGAUAGUAGACAAAAUGAGAAGAAAUAGACUGAGAUGAUCAUGGUUUGGACAUUUCACGAAAAGUGAGGGAACUGAAACAAUCACAAUUAUAAUGAAAAUAAAAGUAAUGGGAAUGAGAGAAAGAUUUAAGUAGAGGUCAGGUAGUUUAGAAUAAUAUGAAGAUAGCUAGUGUAUUCGAGAUGAGAGAUUCGGUCAGGUGGGCGUUUAUUAAGACGAGAAUGAUUGAACCCAAAUACUUGGAAUGAAAGCGAAGGAGAAGACGAUUCAUUUUUAAGAAAAAAUAAUAAUAUUAUUUGAUAUUAUCCAUAUUAUCCAUAUGAAAGAAUAAACUGUAAAAUUGAUUAUAAAAACAAUAUAUAUAUUUUUUUUUAUAUUGAUUUAUUAUUAUUAACUACUUGAUAGUGUUUUAACUCACAUUUUUAUUUAUACCUUGGUAAUUCGUCUAGGAAAAAUCUGGAAAAAUUCAAAACGAAAUUUUGUGGUAACCAUGAUUAUUAUAACUCAGUGCUGUGAUGUGGCUCUGCCGCACUGAGUCGGGCGACCGUCGUCGCCGCCGCCGCCGCCGCCGACGCCGCCGCCGCCAUUAACCGCGUCCGCGUGCACGGAAUUCUGUGCGUGUAUAAAAUCGAUAAGUAACGCCGCCGCCAACGUUCUCCGAGGCCAGUGGUUUCCAAAAUAGAGAAACAAAAACCUACGAUUUUGAGCGUCCACCGUGGGGUACGAUGAGGGGAGUGGGCGGGUAAACAAAAAAAAAAAACGAAAUGUGUCACGGUGGUCGGAGUCGUCGGCGGCGGCGGUCGAACAGAGCGGAAUCGCAAUCGACGGGAAAUAUGGUAGUGCGUACAAGAUAUUACGAUAAUUAUUAUUAUACGGCCAGUGUUCUAACGAUGAUACAAUAUAAUAUUAUACCCUACUGUAAUAAUAAUAAUAAUCAUUUAUAUCACGCGUCCGUGUGUGAAAGAGAGAAAGGGUCACCUCUGUCUGCGCGAUGCGUGCGUAUAAUGUACAGUGUAUGUGUUUUAGUUGAAUAACCUGCGCGCGGCGCGUUGCGUAGCUUUAUUUCACGCGCGACACAUUGUUCUCUAUCGCAGCCGCAGUCGUCUAGUCGGAUACCGUUACUGACGCUACGCUCGCGCCCGUGCUGGCCGAGCGGAAAACAGUGGUGGUGGCGGCGGACUGCGUGUUAAUAGACUCACGUAUUUUUAUGCGUUCGGGCAUGAGAAAGAAUCGUCGUGCACUCGAUCGUUUUUUUAUAAAAAACUUAGGUUCUGAGCGGAGCGAGGCAUGUAUUGAUUUUAAAAUGAUUUUUAUUUAUUAUUUUUAUUUUCACCAGAAAAUUUGCUCCGAUUUUUAAGUUUACCACUUUUUUUUUUUUUUAAAUUAAAUUUGACUGGAAGAGGAGGGGGUACUUUAGGGAGGUUUUUUUUAUUUUCCAAGCAGUUUUCGUAAUAAUUAGGAAAAACUGGAAAAUAUGCGAAAUGUAUUAUUAUUUUCAAAUCGUAAAUAUUACAGCCUUUCAAAACAUGUAUAACCGAACUCCGCUCAGAAUCGUUUUUCGUAAACAAAGAUUAAUCGUUCCGCAAAAAUGUAAAUUUAAUGUCCACUCUACAUUCUCAAUUUUUUACCUAUAACCAAUCGUGCGAAGUGUGUCCGAUUUUUAUCUGGGAAAAUUCCGUGUUUUCAUUUUAGAUUCUAAGCAUUUUUUUCGUUUAUUGUAUUACCACCACAAUGGUCAUUAUAUAAUUUGUCAUGUUUAUUCAAUUGCCGUAAUAUUCCUCAAUUAUUAUCAGUAUUAUUAUUAUUAUUGGCUCUCUCGGCAAAAGCGGAGACGGUAAUCGACGUUACAACAGCGCACGAUUUGCACCUCUAAAUAGUUUAAUAAAACAAUCGAUAUCGACCGUUCUGCUACGUAUUUCGUAUUUUGAGAAUUAGUUUUUUUUUCUUGUUAUACCUAUACUGCCUACGUCAUUAUCAGCGUUAAAUAAUAUGAUCAUACAAUGAACACGAAUAAUUGUAUUGUUUCUUUUUUAGAUUCUGGAGCUUACAGCUAGCGAGAGAUCUAUCGGUUUUACUAUAAUGUGUGCUUUUUUAUUUCAUUUCUAAAAACAACUUUUCGAAAAGAAAUCUUGCUCCAAACUGUAGUAUCUUUUCUCAGAGGAAAUUUUGUCUAGUUGGUGAAAAUCGUUUUUUUUUUUGAUUUUCUCCGUGGUUAAUAAUCGAGCAAAACCAAAAAAUUCGUAGAAAGAACGGAAAAAUGUACUAAAAUAAUUUUGUAUUAUUUUAAAUUUCGACUGAAAAAUUACAUUUAUUUUUUCGACACGUGGUAACAUUUUCAAAUCAUCUGAGCAAUUUUUGAUUUAUUUAUAUAGUUAGUUACUCUGUGGAUAAAAUUGUUAGACCAAACAGAAAUGCUUGAAAAUUUAACUAGAAGUUCAUUACAAGUCGUAGUUUAUGGUAAAAAGAAAAAAAAAAUGAGUUUAAUGUAGUUUUUUUUUUAUGUGGAUUAUACUAUCAAAUUUUGAUGAAAAUCAUAAAUAUUACGGUCUUUCAAAACAUGUAUAACCGAACUUCGCUUCAAAUCGUUUUUCGUUUGCAAUGGUUUAUUGUUGCUUAUAUAAAUAUAAAUUAAAUAACUUUUUCCUACCUUCUCAACUUCCCACCUACAACAGUGGUGCAUCUAUAAAGCAGUAUUACCUUUUUUUUUUUCGUUACAUCACAUUGCAAUUUCUAGCCGCACAUUUUAUAUUUUGUGUACUGUACACACUUUAUUGUGUUCUUAACCACAUGGGCUCUGCUGAGUGAAUGUAUACCAUGCAAUGGAAUUGAUGUAAAAAAAAAAAAAAAAAAAAAAAAAACUGUUAUUUUAUCAUGUCUUAAAAAAAUAUGACGCCCUCUUGAAAUAUGACGCCGGUUGUCAAUGCCCCACCCCUGGUAUUUUCCUAAAUAUAUCCCUGAUAAAUAGACGCUAAUAUGAAACAUUUUUUUUAUUAAUUUUUAACGGAUAUCGCAAAAUUGCUUUACGGUUGUGUAUUAGCAAUUAUGUAUAGUAAGUUGUCUUAUUAAAAUAGUUUAAACGUAAGCGGUUUUUAACUUUUUAUUCUUAGCCAGCCUCUCGUCGUUAUCACAAAGUCAUCAACGAACGGGGUAGUAAAUAUAUCAGGAAUUUUUUUAUGUAUCAUAAAUGAAUAAAUUUUCUGUAAUUAAACCGAGUCGUUCCCUUUAUCUAUAUCUUUAUAUAGUUAUCCCGUCUACGAUUUGACAUAAUCUACCGCCACGCGUAUAAUAAAAUAAAUUAUUUAUACGUUCGAGUUUCGCGCGUUAUCGUAAUUUACGCGACGCCCAUCCCAAGCAAAUAACUUAUUAGUACCUGUAGUCCGGAUUUAUAUUAUCUUAAAACACCUUAAAUAUGAUGCUAAUAUUCUCUGAAAAACUACUAAUAUUCUCCUAUAUUCUCUUAAAAAAUUUAAAAAAAUGCAAAAAUAAUCAAUGUACUGAUAUGUGCAUUAAUAUAUGCUUUAUAAUGUGUAUUUUUUUCAUUUUUUACUUCAUAUAUUAUCUACCAUCUACUAUAAAAAAAAAAAUUUAAAAAUACGGAUAUACUUCGCACGAUGGGUGGGCCACUGUUGAAGGUGAGAAGUUGGAAAGGUAGGGUAUAGCAUAUAGAGGAAAAUGUAAUUUAUAUCUGUAUGCAACGAUUAAUCAUUGCUAACAAAAAACGAUUUUAAGCAGAGUUCGGUUAUACAUAUUUUGAAAGUCCAGAAUAUAUAUGAUUUAAACUCUUAUAAAAAAUUUACUUUACACUCAAUUUUUUUUUUAACUACAAAGUAGUAAAAAAGUAGUAACAAAGUAGUAUAAGCCAUACGGCUUAUAAUGAACCUCCUGUUAAUUGUUCAAGGAUUUCUGUUUCGUUUAACAACUAUAUCGACCGAGUGACUAUCGAAUCAAAAUUAAGUAAAAAACUAGCAAAAUUAAAAUGCCCAUAAAUAGCUUAAAAAUGGAACAAAUGUUUUGAAAAUAUUACCAAGUCUAGAAAAGAUAAAUAUAAAUUUUAUGUUAAAAUGUUAAGUUCCUACGAAUAUUUACAACUGAUCACAAUAAAAAAAAAAAAAAUGGAAAAUAAUAAAUUUCGAAAAUUUCCUCGUUUCCCUAUGUUUUUUUUUCCAAUUAUUAUGAAAAUUGCUUGGAAUAUCAAAAAAAGACCCCCGAAAGUAUCAACUAGAUAAAAUUCAGAAUUUUUUUGAAAUCUGGAGCAAGAUUUCUGAUAGAAACGUGUACAGUAUUAAAAAAAAAAAAAAAAUAAAAAAAAGAUGUCUAGGAUAAUGAAGAUGGAUGCAACUACUAUUAUAGGUAAUUUAAUGUAUACCUGUAAGCAACGAUAAACCAUUACUAACGAAAAAAUGAUUCUGAGCGCAGUUCAAUUGAUAGUAAUGCUUAGUCAACAAUAUAUAUGUCAUAUUAUAGUAAAAUAAUUAAAUAGGCAUUAAUAUUUUCUUUAAUAAUAUUUGUUUAAUAUUGUUCCAAUUUUCUCGUUUUCCCGGUUUUCACAUUUGCUGGGAAAAUUCUUUGAAAAAUCAAAAUUACCUCCCUAAAGUACCUUCCCAGUCAGAUUUCCUUUCAGAAAAUGUGCUAUCAUUAUAAAUCGAAAAUAAAUUGCUGGUAGAAAAGUUAGCACAACAAAUCGGGGGGUAUUUUGCGAUUAAAAUAGUCCGAACGAGUGAAAACUUAGGUCUCUAGGUACACCCAAAAUGCAUUUGUUUUUUCCUUGUUUAGGUAAAAAGGAAAAAAAAUGCAAACUAUUAUUUUCGUAGCACGGGUUUGAACUCGGAACCCCUAGGAUGAUAACUGGUAUAAUUAACUAUUAGAUCACGACAAAUAUGCUUGAAGAGGUACAAUUUAGAAUUAUUUAACAUAACAUAUAAUAUCUGCAAAAUAUCAGAACUUCAAGAAGCUAUAAUUUCGAAACUUAGUCCUCUUAUUUCUGACUUUUUCAUCGUUUUUAAAUCGGCAAUAUACAUAUGUUCAAAACAAAAAAUUAAAAAAUUAAAUUUGAUCCACAUAAUGUUUUAAUCAAACGAUUUUCAUCAAAAUUUGAUAUUAAAAUUCCAUUAUAAAAAUAUACUAUAUUAAUCUUGAAUUUUCAUUUUUGACACAAAGUAAAAUUUAAAAGUAAAACUCUUAAUGAACCUCCUGUUAAAUGUUCAAGCAUUUCUGUUCAAGUAUAACAAUUUUACCACAGACUACCUACCGAAUAAAAAUUACGUACAAAACUCGGAAAAUUAAAUUGGUUAUAAAUAGCUUAAAAAUGGCUUAAAUUUUUUGAAAACUGUACCAUUUAGGAAAGACAAAUAUAAGAUUUCUGUCCAAAUUUUAAGUCCAUAGAGUAUUAAAAUGUUUAUAAAUGGCCCUAAUGUUUCGAAAAUUUGACUAUAUCUAGAAAAGGCAAAUAAAAGUUUUCUACUCAAAUUACAAGUCUCUACGAAUAUUUAUCUUAAUUAAAACAAAGAACAAAAUUGAAAAAUAAUAAAAGCAUUAUUAUUCUCGUAAAUUUCCUGUUUUUCUUACGUUGUAUCCUGAUUUUUCCCAGAUAUUAUGAAAACUGCUUGGCAAAUUAAAAUAAGACCUCCCAAAAAUACCAUCUGGAUAACAUUCCCUUUCAGAAAUGGUGCCACGCGUAUAUAUCUGAGCAAGAUUUCUUGUAGAAUUUUUGUACACAAUAAAAAAAAAAUUAACAUCUUAGUAAAACCAAUAUAAUCUUCGCUAAAUAAAAUACAAAAUAUAAACAUCAUUGUAAAACUAAAACAUUUUUUGCUUCACUCAGAAUCUAUAUUAUACAUAUAUUAAAUGAUUCGAAAACUUUUUUUUUCAUGUGUUUCCAUCAAAAUAAAAAUUUCAAUAAAUUAGUAUUUUUUUCUAACAAUUUACAAAAUAUCCCAAAAUAUACGAAAUAUUUUGGAAUCCUUAAAAUAUUCUCAAAUAUGAAAAAAAACUUUUUCCUGUGAACUCUGUAUUAAAGACAUUGUUUAAAUUUUUACUUUUAUUAGACUACAUACACUUAGUCACAAUAUGUAAAAACAUAAAUUUGUACCCUGCUGUAAUUUAAUGUUUAUUAUAUUAUUGUAUUUUGAUAAAACAUUCUGAUGGGUUUUUUUUUUAAAUUUAUUUUCUUUGAAGGUGCUUGUGUAUAGUGAUUUUGUCGUAAAUGAGUUUGCAUUAUUUAUAUUAUAUUACGCUUACAAUAUAUAAUAUAGUACAUUUAUAAUGGAUUGUUUAACAGUCGCGCGUUGGUUUUUGGGUGUGGCGCCCGGGUGUAGAACGAUGUAUUUGCCUUGACAGGCUACCACGUCGUCGUCGGGUCUUGCCCCAGAUAAUAUUUAUGCAGAGUUACGUGUUGGUUGACCCUUUAAAAAAAAAUAAAAAAAAUUUUAGUAGUCCCUUGGUAUUAAAAAAUAUAAUGUCAUUAUUAAAUAUAUUAGGUUAUAUACUGAGAAAGGUUCAAAAGCCGCGUGUCGGUCUUUUGAGAAAAAAAAAUGUAAUGGGUAGACAAUUAAAAUACAAUCUAAGUUUUUGGUGAGAAGUUUAAAUCUCAGGGGAGGGGGAUCCAGACCUCAUAGAUCUUCCCUAGCUACGUCCUUGAGGAACAUAUCAAAUUUGUUUUCAACAGAAUCGAAUCAAACUUGUGUUGUUAGUUUUAGUAUUAAAGUGAAUUGACCAAUGAUUAAAUUGAAAGUUUAGAAUAUUAUCUGUGUUUGGUUUCCUUACGAUAUUUUAAUUUUAAAAUGAGAUGAAUAUUUUUAAGUUUUAACUUUUUACUUACUCAUAGUCUUGUUAACAAUACUCUUUUUUUAAAUAUAAUAUGCCCUGUUGCCCCUAAACUCGACCGGAAAGUCACAAUCGUGGAAAUUAGGUAGUGCCUUUGUUGUAUGUAUUACAGACAAAAAAAACGAAAUAUGUCAGUGACGAGGCCGACGCCCCUUAAUCUACAAUGAAAUUUAUAUAACUUUUGUACCCGCACACAUAAGCGGCAUCAAAUUAUAAUAAUAUAUUGUGAUUAAAUGUCGUGGUGUUCGGCUCGUUGGAUAUGUUUGGACAGUAUACUCCACGAUAAUCGCUUGAUUGUGUAUCACGUUAUAAUAUAGUUGAACGACGCGUCGCGACGAUGGAUAUGUUUAUGGUUAAUUUUCGAAACGUCGCGACGCUUCGACGGGAAGGGGUAUAAUAAUAUUGUAUUAUUAGAGAUAAAUCACAGAAUAUUGCUAAAUUCGAUAACUCACUCGGUCAAUUUGUACGUAGUCGUGUACAGUGCAAUCUGUAUGACGUGUAUUUUCAUAUAAUAUUCAUCAAUAUUUGGCGAUAGUGAUUCGCGGGUAACGGCGAAUCGAUAAUACCUAUUCGUUACACGAAAUUGCUAGUUUUUAAUUUAAUAAUUUUUUUACGAUAAUAGUAUACUUAUUAUAAUAUUCGUUUUUGUUUGAUUUUUGUUCGCAUUGUUGUUAUUGUAUUCGGAUAUUGAUUCGCAGACCUACGUGUGAAAUUGGCGUGUUGCGAUUAUAUUUUAUACGAACGCGUUUUUAUCGGAUUCUUCUCCUUAUAACGACGAUGCCCAGAAGAAGAAAAAGAAAAUUACGCUGUAUAUAUAUUAUAUGUAUAAAAAAAACUAGGCCAAUUGCUCUCGAUGUAUCGACAUCAGUCGGUACAGUAGCAAAUAUCACCAAGGGAAAUGUUUCGUAUUAUUAUUAUUCUCCCUCCCAAUUACAUCCCGUAUAUUAUCAUUAUUAUUAUAUAGAGCUAGAAUAAAAUAAAAUACGACAAUUUUUAUUAUUAUUAAGUAUUAACUGAGGCCAAACGCUGCUCCGUUGCAGCCGGUGACUGAUGACUAGUUGCACGCGAACUCUACCGAUUCUAAAACCCGUAAUGUUUAACGUGUAAAUUGUAUACACUGCGAUGACACACAGGCCUCAUUGUGUUUAAUAGACGACUGUUUUAAAAUAUUAAUCUAUUCCAAUUUAACAGUACAGCUGUUGGAUAUAAUAAUUCUGCGCUACACCUACGCGACUUUUUUACUUUUUCUUUUUUCUCCCACCGUAUUUUUAAUAUCCUAACCGGUGGCUAUAUCCGCUUUUCUUAAAAAAAUUGAAAUGUUUAAAUAAUUUGGGUAAUGCGUUAUUAAAACAAAAUUGUCAUUCGUUUACGCAAAUUAGAAAAAAACACAUUUUAGAAUUAUAACGUAGAGAGUUUUUUCGGAACACAAAAUCACAUUCGCUUGUUAUUGAUUAAUACGUUCUAACAUGCGAUACGCACGUAUACAUUGUAUUCCGUUAAUUUUUGAUUCAACCAUUUAAAUUUUAAAAUAACACCAUCGAGCCUAACUAGAAUAAAAUUUAACUAUACGCUACCGCAUAUUUUUUCAAUAUUUAUUAAAUUGAAUCUAUUUCUAUGUACUCGUAAUAUUGUGUUCGGAAUUUUAUGUUUUGGUAUCACUAUAUUAUGAUCUGUGUACUUUGUAUAUUUCGUGUCUAAACAAAUUUUCUUGAUCCAAUCAAAAAAUGAUAAAGAGCAUUUUAUUUUAUAAGUUUAAGUUAUACGUGUAUAUUGGAUCUAAUCGGUGCAUUGGUAAGGUUAUUUUUUCCCCCUUUCCGAAGUAUUUGUUUCUUCCUCGAGAGCGAUAAAAUGACAGUGUUUUUUGAUAUAUUGUUUAAAUGGGAAUUAACUAGAAAUACAAUUUUCAUCUUUGAAUAGUUGUAAUUUCGUGGCACUAAUACACGAGUAGGUAUUAUAAUAUAACUUGAAACUUAUUAUACCUAUUUUUCGAUUAAAUAACUGUGUCAAUUGUUUAUGUUCUUUAAUAAUACAUAGUUCUAAUACGAUAUAAUAUUAGGUAUAUAUUAUAUGGUGUUAUAUAAAUUAUAAAUACACGCUUGAAGAACGUUAAAAUAAAAAAAACAAAACAAAUAGAUAAUUAAGAUAACAAUUACAUUUUUUUAGAACACUUUACCAGAACAAUUACAAUAUACCUAACUAAAAAAAAUAAUAUUAUUUAAAUUCUUAGACAAAAAGUAAGAACAUAGACCGGUGUUGACCAUAAUUUACCUACCACUAUGUAGAAUAUUAUAAAUGUAGUAUUAUUUUUGAUUUGAACGUAUGGCGAAAUUGUGUUUUAACAAUGAUUCUACGUUAAACAUUUGAAUUAAAAAUAAGUAUGGUUAAGUAUACUUAUAUAAUAUAUUCGUAUUUUGAAGGAUUCGGUGGUUAAAAGGUCAUUGAACUGGAUAACUAAAAAAAAAAUGACCUUUAUUGUGAAUAACCACACAUGUCAACUAGUAUUAAAGUUACUCCGGCGAAAUUUUUUGCAAAUAAACUUACCAUGUUUAUUGCUCCAAAAAGUGUUGACCAAAAGAAAAAACACAUUGUAAAACUAAUAUAAUAAUUCUCUUGCGUUGCUUAAGGGUUCGUAAGUAUCCGUGAAAUGUAUUUCAUAUUUUACCCUAUUUUGUGUUUAUAAGUAAAUAUUUUUCAUUAAAAUUUAAAAUUGAACUGCCCAGUUUUUGUUAAAAACCGAAACUAGUUUCACUUGUUCAAGAAUUGUUUCGUGGUCAAAUCUGAAGUACCUGUAAUUUUAUACAUAAAUUAAAGAUUUAUAGAAUACGAAACGAGCACUUAUCAGUUGUUAUGUACAAAACUUCUUCGUUCUCGAACUAACUGCUAGCGCUUGAAUGUGACUGACGAGUUUUGUACUAUACCCUGUCUCACGAAAUGUAUUUAUUUAUUUAUUUAACAAAGAAAUAUAUUAUAUUAAUUCACGAUUUAUAUCAUAAUGAAUGCAUGGAUUAGUAUAAUUCUAAUAAAUUAUAAUUUAGUACCUAUUGACCUAUCACUUACCAGCAGUAAAACCUACAUUCACCUACAUUCACUCUUUAUGUUCCCUUUUGUAAAUUAUAGUUUGACUAUAAGAAUUAAUAAAUAAAUUCAUUAAGUACAAAUUAAUAUGCAUUUUUUUUGACAAUUAAUUUGAUUACUUGAACUAUAAUUUUUUUUAUAUGAACAUCAUUUAUUAAUUAUUAUUAUUAUUUAUUAGUAUAAUAUAAUUUAAUUAUUUUAAAUUUUUGAUAUUAAAAUUACCUACCUACCUACCUAUCUAUUAUAAUACUAGUAACCUAAUUGUUUACUAAUUUUGAUAGUUUUUCAAACUUGUUUUUCGCUUUUGAGUUGAUGGUUGGAAAAUAAUGAUGUUACCUCAUCCUCAUUAUAAUAUAAGAGGAGAAAAUAUCCUUAACCACAUAAUUUUUGUGUUCACUACAUAGAAAUGGAAUCAAAUCAUUAAAUUUAAAAAAAAAAAACAUCAAUAGUUUCUACAAAUACAUUUUGACUUUUAACUUUUAACAUAUUUGAAAAAUCACAUAUCAAUUAUUUGUCUAAUAAGUAUAAAUAAUUUGUUAUCAGGAUGUGUCGAAAAUCCUCUAGAUUUUAAAUUUAUUAGUAGAGCAUUUGAUGAAUUACAACUGUUUUCUGGAUUUUUUAUGUCAGAUAAACAUGUUUAACAAUUUGUUUUUUUAUUAAUUCUUCUUGCCAGGUAUCUAUUAAAUGAAAGUAGAGGUAUCAUUCAAUUAACUUUUAAUAAACCUAUAUUCUUUAUCAUUAUAUAAAAGAUCACCUCCUAUUGAAUGAGAAGACUGAAGUGUUUAACGUAUUGGCAUCAAUAACUAGAUAAAAAAAGACGUCCUAGGAUAAUGGGGACGGGUGCAGCUACUGUUAUAGAAAAUUUAAUGUAUACCUGUAAGCAACGAUAAACUAUUGCUUAAGAAAGUAUAAUUUUGAGCGGAGCUCAGUUGAUAGUAAUGCUUUGUCAACAAUUUAUGUGUCAUAUUAUAGUAAAAUAAUUAAAUAAGCUCUAUAUAUUUUCUUUAAUAAUAUUUGUUUAAUGUUGUACUGAUUUUCCCAGUUCCUACGUUUUUCCCGGUUUUCCCAGAUUUUUACAUUUGCUGGGAAAACUCUUGGGGAAAUCAAAAAAUUACCUUUUAAAAGUACCUCCCUAGUAAAAUAUUCUUUUAGAAAUAUUGCUAUCUAUAAGUUAAAACAAAAUUACUAGUGGAAAAGUUGUACACAGAAAUAAAAAUCGUAAUAUUAUAUUCGUUAUAUUUCGUAAAUUUUCCCGUUUUUUGUCUUUCGGUUUUUUGCAUUUGAUUCGACAACUCUUGAAAACAUCGAAAUCUAACCUCUCUAAGUUAUCUCCCCACAUCGAUUUUCUUUCAGAAAAUAUGCUACACGUAAUUAUUCGAGCAAGUCUUCUGGUAAUAUAAAGAUACAAAAAACUAAACAUCUUUGUAAAAUUAUAGGCUUCUUCGCUCUACUCAAAAUAUAAAAUUUCAACUCAUUAUCUAGAUAAGUAGCACACACACACACACACACACUCAAAAGUAGCAUUGUCGUCAAAAUUAUGUAUAUCAUAAAAUGCUAGCUUAUGUUAGCCCACCGUUUAGCUGACAUAAUAAUUAAUUAUUUUUUAAGUAUUAAAGUAUUACUUUAACAAUUUUUACAAUUAAAAACUUAAAAAUACUGUUGAAUAUAAAUAUUGAUAAAUGUAUUAGUUAAAAUUUUCGCUGCUAAUCAGUUUUUAACGUUCUAGUGUCUAUUCGAUGAAGAAUAACGUUCAAGAACAAUAUUUUAUUGAAAACUGGCUUUCGUUGUGUAUCCUGUAGAUUAUAGAUUCUAAUUCGUUUCCAUGUAUAAACAUUAAAAUAAAUUUUUAUUAAAUUUUAAAUUGUCUUUUAUGGACAGUAUUCAUGGUUUUAUUUUAAAACUAGCGUUUUAUAUUAGCAUUUUAAAGAAAUAAUCAAAAUUAGAAGGGCUAAAUAAAAAAUAAUUUCAUCUCGCUCUAUAGUUUUUAUUGCAACGACCACAUCUACAUAUCCGUUUAGUAGCGUUGGCCUAUGUAAAAUGAGUGUGUUUCAAUUUUAAAAAUAUUCUCAACAGCUUUAAAAAGUGGUUACCUAGUUCUAUUUUUGUAGUUCGUACGUCGCCUUGUAACUGCUCUCAAAAAUACUUACUAUACUCCUACCAUGCAUAUUCCGUCCUGAUCCUAACUAUAGUUCCAUACACACACACGCCAUUUAUCACGUAUAUGCACACGUGGUUUUACUCGUAAAGACGAUUGUCGGACUCUUAAUGUAUUAUAAUAUUAUGUACUUAUAUGAUAGAUGAGUGGGGUAGGCGUAAUUAAUCGUUUAUUUAGUCUUUGUAUUUCAUACAUUGGAAUGCGGUAUACAAACACGUCCACGAAAAUUAAUGUCAAAAGUAUCAUUAUUAUUAUUAUUACGUUUAUAAUACCUACCUACAUUUUAAUUUUUCCAAAACUAGUUGGUUUGUUCUACAUUCUUGCGUCCCCGUGAAUCUUUGUAGUAUUGCGAACUAAUAAUAAUACAACACGAAGUUAAAUAAUUGUAUUAUUAUUAAUUAUGAGUAUUAGACUUUUUAAUUAUUAUGCCACGCUUAUUAUAUAAGUCUAUACUAGUCUAUAUACCAGUAUAUCUUAACUUGGGGGCCAUCAACUAAUUAUUUUGAAAAAAUAUAAAAUAUUGGGUCGCCGUGUAUAAAGUAUAUAUUUUGGGGGUUGCUAAAAAGUUUAAUAUUCAUUUAGAUGGUUUUCGCUACAGUAAAAAGGUUGAGAAACACUGGUCUAUAGAAAUCAGGACCACAAUGAUAAGUUACAGGUGCCACUCUUUGAAUUAAAUUCACAUAUACGCUCAGCGAAUUUUCUAGAAUUUUGUGUGCGUGCUUAUAAUAUGAAUACUUAAAAUAUUUUGUGUAGACCAUCAUCGUUAGGAUAUCCGGUAAUAAUGGCAAGACGUGAUUACCGGAUUAGUUUAACUCAACGAUAAUAAUAUUAUUAUUCAGUGUUAGAUUUCUUUUAUAGAUGAAACGUAAUCUUAUAUUUUAUUCAUCCGUAGUUCUUAUUAAUAUCGUAUUAUUGAGUCCCAUCAUAAUAUAUUAUUUUCAAAGAGUAAAUCACUGAUCAAUACUGUGUUCACCAGAUUCCAGAAUACCAAGAUUUCCUGUAAGGUUAGGUACUUUUUUUUGGAAUUUGUUUGUUAGAUUAUUUAAGAAAAAGGCAGCUCUAAAAUGUUACAUCUCAGCUAUUUUUUGUCACUCUUAUUUUAAGGGUUUAAACUUCUACCUACUUUAAAUUUUCAAAUGGCAAUCUAUAUUAAAAAUUCCAUAAAUAGAUGCAGUAUUAGUAAAUAUCAAUUUUGAUGUUGACAUUUUUAAUUUUCGUCAACCCGCUGACAAGAUAUUCCACUUUUAAGUUUUGGCGGAAAGAGAGUGGUGGAACACUAUUAAAAUGCCGUGCCGUUAUACAAAUGAUGCAUCACUAUACGCUACUCACUUGGUUAGAAAAUAAAAUAGUAAUAUAACAUUUGAGAGCUAUUAAUUUCUUAAAUGUUCCAAAGAACAAAUUACGAAAAAAGCUAAUAUUUUCCAAGAUAAUGAGUGUCUUAUGCGUUAAUCACUCUUAAAUAAAUUAAUUUAUGGGUGAUAUUAUUAUAUACUUUUGAAAUGUUAUUGUAUAAAUAAUAUUAUAAAUCAUUUACAUCGAUUUAUAUGAUUGUAUUAUGUAUUACAGGUUGAAAAAACGGUUUAGAGGUGUGUAACUGUCAUGACGACAGACAUCUCUGUGGUCCGGUGGGACCCGGCUAUACAACAAGACGGAACCGGAAUUGUCGAAGAUUAUGAAUAUGAUGGCGGAAACUCGUCUUCCAGACUAUUCGAAAGAUCCAGAAUAAAGGCAUUAGCCGGUGAGGUUUUAAUUAAAGUAGUAGUCUGAGUUAAUGAACUAAUGAAAAUCGUAUCAAAAGACGUUUUGUUAUUUUCAAAUAUACAGUAGCGUUUUAUUGGAGGGGAUUGUACCCUUUAGUAUGUAUGCCUUCACCCCUCGAAUAUUACUCAUGUCAUUCUUACACACCGGGGGUUCUGACUUAUAUACACUAUUAUAAUACAUGGUUAAUUUGUUUGCAGAUGAAAGAGAAAGUGUUCAGAAAAAGACAUUUCAAAAAUGGGUGAACUCGCAUUUAGUUCGGGUUCACUCUCGGAUCGGAGAUUUAUACAUAGACCUCAGAGAUGGAAAAAUGCUCAUAAAGCUAUUAGAAGUCUUAUCUGGAGAACGAUUAGUAAUGAGUGCCUAUUAGAAAUUAUUGAUAUUAAAAGUAAUUUCUUUUUUAAUGUUUUUAAUUUGGUUAUUUUUAGCCUAAACCUACCAAAGGAAAAAUGAGAAUACAUUGUUUAGAAAACGUGGAUAAAGCUCUGCAAUUUUUGAAAGAUCAGAGAGUACAUUUGGAAAACAUGGGUUCCCAUGAUAUUGUUGAUGGAAACCCAAGACUUUCAUUGGGUCUUAUAUGGACCAUUAUUCUUAGAUUCCAAGUACAUAUACACAUUCCAAUUGGUUGUAAUAUGAAUUGUAUAAAAGUUAUAAUUUUUACAUGUUAACUUUAGAUUCAAGAUAUUACUAUUGAAGAAACUGACAAUAAAGAGACUAAAUCAGCAAAGGAUGCUUUGCUUUUGUGGUGCCAGAUGAAAACAGCAGGAUAUCACAAUGUCAAUGUUCGGAACUUUACCACUUCUUGGCGAGAUGGUCUAGCCUUUAAUGCUAUCAUUCACAAACACCGUCCUGAUAUUGUUCAAUUUGAAAAACUUAGCAAAUCUAAUGCUAUGUACAACUUGAAUAAUGCCUUCAAUACUGCUGAAGAUAAAUUAGGAAUUGUAAAGUUAUUAGAUGCUGAAGAUGUAUUUGUUGAACAACCAGAUGAAAAAUCAAUUAUAACAUAUGUUGUCACAUACUAUCAUUACUUCAGUAAAAUGAAACAAGAAACAGUUCAAGGAAAGAGAAUUGGGCGUGUUGUAGGAAUAGCUAUGGAAAAUGAACGUACUGCCCAAGAAUAUGAACGUUUAACUAGUGAUUUAUUACAGUGGAUUAAACAGACAAAAGAAUCAUUAGCAGAGAGAAAAUUUUUAAAUUCUUUAAAUGGUGUUCAACAACAAUUGCAACAAUUUAACAACUAUAGGACGGUUGAAAAACCACCAAAAUUUGUCGAAAAGGGAAAUCUGGAAGUAUUGCUUUUUACAUUGCAGUCUAAAAUGAGGGCUAAUAAUCAAAAACCAUAUACCCCCAAAGAAGGAAAAAUGAUUUCAGAUAUUAAUAAAGCUUGGGAGCAAUUAGAAAAGGCUGAACAUGAAAGAGAGUUAGCAUUAAGAGAAGAAAUAAUAAGACAGGAAAAACUUGAACAGCUAGCUCAGAGAUUUAACAGAAAAGCAAGCAUGCGAGAGACUUGGUUAAGUGAAAAUCAACGGCUUGUUUCACAAGUUAGUUUUUAAAUUUAUUUAAAUUUUCUUAAAAAAAAAAAAAAAAAAAAAACCAAUAUUGAUAGAAUGCUUUAAAAUUGUAAUGAGUUCUAAUUCUAAAUAAUGAUUUUAGGAUAAUUUUGGUUUGGAUUUGGCAGCUGUAGAAGCAGCAGCAAAGAAACACGAAGCUAUUGAAACAGAUAUAUUUGCAUAUGAAGAACGAGUAGAAGCUGUUGUUACGGUUGCACAAGAAUUAGAAACUGAGGAUUACCAUGACAUUGUCCGUAUAAAUGCCAGGUAUAUAUUUAUUAAUUAAAUAUUAAUUUUGAAAUAAUUACUUAAUAAUAUGUUAACAUAUUUUUUCUUAGAAAAGAUAAUGUUCUUCGUUUAUGGAAUUAUCUACUUGAACUUCUAAAAGCCAGACGUCAUCGUUUAGAGUUAUCAUUACAAUUGCAACAAAACUUCCAAGAAAUGUUAUACAUACUGGAUUCUAUGGAAGAAUUGAAAAUGAGACUUUUGUCUGAUGAUUAUGGCAAACAUUUAAUGGGAGUUGAAGAUCUUCUUCAAAAACAUAGUCUUGUAGAAGCUGACAUAAACGUUUUAGGUGAAAGAGUAAAAAGUGUUGUGCAACACUCGCAAAGAUUUUUAGAUGAAGAAAAUACGGAGGGUUAUAGACCAUGUGAUCCGGCUGUUAUUAUUGAAAGAGUUCAAGAACUUGAAGAUGCUUAUAGUGAACUUGUUAAAUUGGCUGUGGAAAGAAGAGCUCGUCUUGAAGAAAGCAGGAAACUAUGGCAGUUCUAUUGGGAUAUGGCUGAUGAAGAAAAUUGGAUUAAGGAAAAAGAACAAAUUGUUUCUGCUGGAGAUAUUGGUCAUGACUUGACCACUAUUAAUCUAUUGCUUUCAAAACAUAAAGUAAAACACAUAUUAACCAAUUUGUAUAAAUAUAUAAAUGUGUAAUAGAUAUUUAAAUAUUUUUUGCCAUUAAUUUGUAUUAGGCACUUGAAAAUGAAAUACAAAGUCAUGAAAGUCAGUUACUCGAAGUAGUAAAGGUUGGAGAAGAUUUGAUUAAUAGCAAUCAUUUUGGUGCUGAUCGUAUACAGGAACGAGUAUCCAACACACAUUCCAUGUGGGAACAUUUAAUCACUUUAACCAAACAAAGACGUAAACGUUUGGAAAAUGCAGUUGAUUAUCACCAAGUAAUAUUAAUAUUUUUUAAUAAUAAAAACUCUAAAGUUUAAAUAUAAACUUCUAAUUAUUUUUACAAUGAAUUCUCAGUAGUUCUGAAUUUAAAAAAUAUACACAGUCAAAUCAAUAAAAAAUUAUUAACACUAAAGUAUUAAAGAAAUUAGGAAAUUGUAUGAGAAUUAAUUAUUUUUGAAAAUUGACUGUAAUUACCUAUAUAGAUUGUAAAUGUUUAUACUUGAGUUCCAAUGUUACUUUAAAAUAGUGGUUUGCUGAUGCUGACGAUGUUGAUAUAUGGAUGUUAGAUACAUUAAGACUAGUGUCAUCUGAAGAUGUGGGUCGCGAUGAAGCUAAUGUCCAAUCUUUGUUGAAGAAGCACAAAGAAGUAUUAUUAUUACACAAUUAUUCUGAGUUGUUUUUAAACUACAUAGUAUUUUCUUUAAUGUUUUUAGGUAAGCGAAGAAUUAAAAUCUUAUUCACAAACGGUGGAAGCUUUACGUUCUCAAGCUAAUCUGUUAAGUGCUGAACCAGGAGCACCAACAAGUGGUCCUGAAGUGAAUGAGCGAAUGUCAUCUAUUGACAAGCGCUAUAAAGAAUUAGUUGAAUUAGCUAAACUACGACACCAGAGACUUUUGGAUGCCCUUUCUUUGUACAAGCUCUUCAGUGAAGCUGAUGCUGUACAACAAUGGAUUGGUGAAAAGGUAAUUAAAAAUAAAAAUAAAAAAGAAACAGAUUUAUUUGAUUGAAUUUUUAAUGUGCUUGUACAUUUUAGAAUCGCAUGUUGGAAACCAUGAGCCCUGGUAAAGAUAUAGAGGACGUUGAAAUUAUGAAACAUAGAUACGAUGGUUUUGACAAAGAAAUGAAUUCAAAUGCAUCACGUGUUGCUGUUGUCAAUCAAUUAGCACGGCAAUUACUUCAUGUUGAACACCCUAACUCAGAUGAAAUUGUGAACAGACAAAAUAAUGUAAGAAAUACAAUUAUUGCAGUUGUUAUUUAAAAAUAAAUAUAUGUAUGUUUGUUAUAGUUGAACCAUGAAUGGGCUGAUUUAAGGGAUAAGGCUGAAGCUAAACGUGACCAACUUAAUUCUGCUCAUGGUGUUCAAACUUUCCAUAUUGAAUGUAGAGAAACUAUUUCAUGGAUUGAAGACAAAAAACGAAUUUUGCAAUCUACAGACAGUUUAGAAAUGGAUCUUACUGGAAUAAUGACAUUACAGGUAUAUAAUUGGGUACAAAAUAUGCACCUUUUUUUGUUUUUUUUUUUUGAAAGUCUUCAGUAUCCCAUGAAUAUACCCAUCAUAAUAUAUAAAAUAUAUAAAUUAACAAAAUUAUAUAAAUAUUUGCAGUCCACAUUCUUAUGUCGAGUAGAGACCAGAUUUAUAUUCUCUUAUAAUCCACAAAAAGAUGUUUUAAAACAUCAAAAAAUCUCUGAAAAAAGUAUUUAUAAAAAUUUAAAAAGCAAAAAUGAUAGAGGAGUUUCUCACUAAUGACUUUAACUUAUUAAAUUAAACUUCCUAACACUACAAAAUUGAUUAAUAUAAAAUAUUUUCUUUUAAAUAAAAUUGUCCGUAUUAUAAAAAAAAAAAUAAUUUUUUAUUAAUAAUUUUUGUGGUGUUAGAAAAUUUUAUUGACAAAUUAAAUUCAUUAGAGGGGGGACUAUUAAAUCCCUCUAUUAUUUUUUAUAUUUUUAAGUGGUUUUUUCUGAGGCUUUUUGACGUCUUGAAGCGCUUUUUUGUGGAUUGUAAGAACAUAUAAAUCUCCCGUCUCUACUUCUGAGUAAUAUAUAAAAUUAAUUUGGUUAUCUUUAUUGUUUCCAGAAAUAUUACAACAGGUUUAAUAAUUCAUUAAUUUACAAUUGUAUUAAAUAUGACUUUUUUUUUUUUUUACAAUAGCGUCGUUUAUCUGGGAUGGAGAGAGAUUUAGCUGCUAUUCAAGCCAAAUUAGACUCAUUAGAGUCUGAAGCACAAAUGAAUGAGAAGGAGCAUCCUGAAGAAGCUGCUGUAAUCCGUGAAAGAAUAGAAACAAUUCAAAAAGAUUGGGAAGAGUUAACACAAAUGGUGAGAAUAUAAAUUGUUUAAUUAUUUAUUAUAAAUUAACUUAAUUUAUUAUUUUAGUUGAAAGAACGGGAUUCUAAAUUAGAAGAAGCUGGCGAUCUGCAUCGUUUCCUACGUGAUUUGGAUCAUUUCCAAGCUUGGUUAACUAAAACUCAGACUGAUGUAGCUUCUGAAGAUAUUCCAUCUUCAUUAUCAGAUGCUGAAAAACUUCUUUCCCAACAUCAAGCUAUCCGUGAAGAAAUUGAUAAUUAUACCGCUGAUUAUACCCAAAUGAUGGAAUAUGGAGAAAAAGUUACAGCUGUAUGUGUAGUCUUAUAGUUGUAUAAUUAUUUACUUAAAUGAGUAUUUUUAUUUUAGGAACCUGGAACACAAGACGAUCCUCAGUAUAUGUUCUUGAGAGAAAGACUCAAGGCAUUACGUGAUGGAUGGCAAGAAUUACACAAGAUGUGGGAGAAUAGGCAACAACUUCUUUCCAAAUCACUUAAUCUACAAAUGUUUAACCGUGACGCUCGUCAAGCUGAAGUACUACUUUCUCAACAAGAACAUGCUUUAUCUAAAGAUGAAGUUCCAGUAAGUGUUUAAUUUACUUUUAGAGUUGACUGUUUAGUAAUGAAAGACUGUUAAUUUUUAAAUAUAUAUAUAUUUUUUUAGUCAAAUCUGGAACAUGCUGAAAACUUGAUUAAACGUCAUGAAGCUUUCUUGACUACAAUGGAAGCCAAUGAAGAUAAGAUAAAUGCUGUCACUCAAUUUGCUACUAAACUUGUGGAUGAAGAUCAUUUUGAAUCCGAUAAAAUCAAAAAGAAAGCAGCAUCCAUACAAGAACGGCGAGAUGCUAAUCGUGAUAAAGCCCAAGAACUCAUGGAACAACUCAAAGACCAGUUACAACUUCACCAAUUCCUUCAAGAUUCUGAUGAACUCCAACAAUGGAUCCAAGAAAAGAAGUUUACUGCCCAGGACGAAACUUAUAGAAGUGCGAAGACUGUACAUAGUAAAUGGACUCGGCACCAAGCAUUUGAGGCAGAAAUUGCAUCUAACAAAGAUAGAUUAGACAGAGUACAGCAGUCAGGAGAAGAGUUAAUGAAAGAGAAACCUGAAUUGGCUCAAAUAAUCAAACCAAAAAUAUCAGAAAUGCUGGGUCAGUUUGAUGAUCUCGAGAAGACCACUAAAGAAAAAGGUGAACGUUUGUUUGACACCAACAGAGAAGUUCUCAUACAUCAGACUUGUGAAGAUAUUGAUUCUUGGAUGGAUGACUUAGAGAAACAAAUUGAAGCUGCUGAUACUGGAACUGAUUUGGCUUCAGUUAAUAUACUUAUGCAAAAACAACAAAUGAUUGAAACACAAAUGGCUGUAAAAGCUAAGCAAGUUGGUGAACUGGAAACUCAAGCUGAAUAUUUAAAGAAGACUGUUCCUGAAAAGGUUGAAACAAUUAUUCCAAAAAAGACUAAAGUGGAAGAAAGAUUUGAACAACUUAAGGAACCAUUAAAGGUAAGACAAAGACAGCUGGAGAAAAAGAAAGAAGCAUUCCAAUUCCGAAGAGACGUUGAAGAUGAAAAAUUAUGGAUAGCUGAAAAGACUCCAAUGGCUACUUCAACUGAAUAUGGAAAUAGCUUAUUUAAUGUUAAUAUGUUACAAAAGAAAAAUCAAGUAAUAAAAAUUAAAUUUAUUUGUUCAUUAAAUUGUUGAUUUGUUUUAAUGCUAUUAAAUAUAUUUUCUAUUUUUAUUUUAGUCUUUGGGCAAUGAAAUCGAUAAUCAUGAACACCGUAUUAACCUUGUCUGUAGCAAUGGUCAAAAGUUGAUUGACGAAGGACAUGAAGAUGCCUCUCAAUUUACAGAUCUCAUACACGACCUAACACAACGUUGGCAACAACUUCAACAGGCUGUUGAUCAUCGCAGGGAAAUGUUACUUCAAUCUGAAAAGGCCCAACAAGUAUGUUUUAUUUAUUUUAUGUACAAACCACUUAUAAACAAUAUUGCAAGUAACACCAUUCCUAGUAAUGUAAAUGGUUAGAUUUAUAUCUUAUAUGCACUACAUUUAGUUGUUUAUAAUGUUAAUUACAAUGAUAAGCCGGAUAAAACAAUAUUUUUUUGAAAUGAAAAUUGGUUUUUACAUUAGACUAUAACAAUAUUAUUGUAUAUACAUAUACAUUUAUAAACAACAAAUUUGAUUAAUCAGGUUUUGAAAUAAUUCAUAAUUUACUUUAUCUUUAAUGAAUAAUGUUGUAUACAUGGUAUAUGACACAUUAUUUUUUUUAGUUUUGUUUCUAAACAUUUAGAUACAUUCUGUUUAUGAUGUUUCGUUAAAAAUGUCAAAUAAAAUAUUCCUUUGUUUUUUUUUUAUUAAAAAUAAAAAUAAAAUAAAUUAUUAAAUUAAAAUAACUAAAUAAAAUAAAAAAAUCAAGUGUUUUUUGUUAACUAGAUAUAGCGAUCUGAAUUCUUAGGUCCCUUGAUCAUUGGGAAAUUCUACUAUUUUUAAAUAUAAUAAUGUGUUAUAUACAAAUUGUAUUGUAUUAAGUAUUAACACUAUUUUGAUUUAUGCAUGUUAGGUCAAUUAAAAUAAUAUCAAUGUAGUUGAACUACAUCAAGGUGAAAUUUUUGGUGUAGAUUGUACUUGUCAAUAGUGAUAGAAUCAAUUUUAAAUUACUUCAAGUAUACUUAAAUUUGAAUUUAUUAUAUUUGCAGUACUUCUUCGAUGCCAGCGAAGCAGAGAGUUGGAUGGGUGAACAAGAAUUAUAUAUGAUGGUGGAAGAUCGUGGAAAAGACGAAAUUUCAGCCCAAAACUUGAAAAAAAAGCACGAAUCUUUAGAGUUGGCUGUUGACAAUUACGCUGACACAAUUAGACAGUUGGGUGAAACUGCUCGUCAACUCACUAGUGAAAUGCACCCUGAAAGUGACCAAAUAGCUGUUAAACAAUCUCAAGUGGAUAAAUUAUAUGCUGGUCUAAAGGAUUUAGCUGGAGAACGCAGAGCAAAAUUAGAUGAAGCUUUGAAAUUGUAUAUGUUGCAACGUGAAGUGGAUGAUUUAGAACAGUGGAUUACCGAACGCGAAAUUGUUGCUGGUUCACAUGAACUUGGUCAGGACUAUGAUCAUGUUACAGUAAGUUAUUUAUUUGUCAUUUUUAUUCUUCUCCUUCGCUUUUAGCUUAACUAUUUGGGGUCAGUUAAAUUUGUUCUAAACUUCGAAUUGACCAAAUCUCCCACCUUAUAUACUCCGUUUAUUGUCAUAUAAUUCUCAAUCGCAUCCAAACACCAUUUUUUUUCGGGCUUCCUCUGAACCUCUUCCUCCUAUGUUUAUUUUCAUUACAAUUCUUACUGUUUUAGAUUCCUUUUUCCCUGUGUGCCUAAACCAACUCAGUCUAUUUUCUCUUAUUUUGUCUACUAUUGAAGCCACAACUUUUGUGAAGCAACCUCUUAUGCUCUUAUGUACUCAUCCCAUCUUAUCUAACAUCUUAUCUUAUCAUCUUAUCUUAUCUUUUCUCAUCACUCCUCUCAUAAACCUAAGUAUUCUCAUCUCUGAUACAUUUAUACUCUGUUAUAUUUUUUUGUUUACUGUUUAUUUUUUUUCACGCUUCAAACUAUAGUUAAUUAAAAAUGGCAUGAGGCUAAUCAGAAUUUAAUUAAUAAGGAACAAAUAUGAAAAUCUUAAAUCAGUUUGAUGCACCGUUCUAAUAAAUCAUUCAUUAAUAUACAACUUUCAGCUUUUCCAUGAACAGUAAUAACAACUUUAUCAUUUCCCACCAACUCGGAUCUUUUGGUAUAAAAUUAGGUGUUAUAUCAUACAAUGAAAAAAACUGUGCACUAUUUUUAGUGAUAAAUCUGAUAAAUUUUUAUUUAAAAUGUGUUUUUUAUUGAAUGCUUCAAGGAGGGUUAUCAUUUUGAAGAACGAUCACAAUUCUUUUUUCUUUGACUGAUAUGCGUGGAUUGAAUAUGGUUAAACCUGACAACCAUUUUAUUCAAGUACCAUAAAGUGGCCCGAAAAUUUCUUGUAGCUCUCCUCAGAAUUUUUAUGAUUGGAUUGAUAUUCAAUCAGAUAUUUCAACAAAUUACGAUCAUUCAAUGAUGCCGCAAUCCGUUUUGACAAGUACACCACUUUUGAAUGUAGACUCUGAUAACAAAAACAUUAAACUUGCAGGGACCAUUGAGCUGAGCUGCUUUCUUUCAAUUAAAAUUGAUCACGAAAAAUGUAUAUUUUUAAUUUUUUAAACAAUAUGUAAGUUUUGCCAUCUACCAUGGUAGGCUCCUGGAGUGCGUAUUUUUAUUGUUUUUUCAGUUUUUUCCCUCGAGGGUUGGUAUACUUAUGAUAAAUUCAGUAGUUCUUUGUAGUCAUAAUGUGCCAUGGUAAUUAUUCAAAUGGUUAGGUUUAAUAUUCUAAACGAAUAUAAAAAAUAUAAUAAAGCAGACUUUUUGAUCUUUAGGUUAAGGAAAAAUAAAAUUAAAAAAAUUCUGUAUUCUUUUUCUAUUGUCUAUUUUUACAUUUUUUUUAUUUUUGUAUUUUAUUUAUUAUUAUUUUAUUGAUAAAUUUAAUUAAGAUUAUAUUGUAAUCUUUUCAACAAAUAAAAAACUUUUUCAAGGGUAGUUCUAACUGAUAAUUUACCAACAUUAUGUAACCAUUUGGCUAAUAACUAUCAAUUUUAAUUUUUUUCUCAACAACUAAUAGGAUCAUAUUUGUUUUUUAUUAGAUUUUCAUCAUUUAACUUCAUGCCAAUUUCAGUUAACUAUAAUUUAAAGUGUAAAAAAAUUAAAAUACAUACAAAUUGUGCUAUUUAUCUAAAAACGCUGCUCGCAGACUGGAAUUUUUUUUUCUUUCACAAAAUUAGUAGAUUUGAUAGUAUUGUCAUACCUGUACAAAUUAAAUAUAAACAUAUGCCCCCCUCCCCAAAAAAAAAAAAAAAAAAAUUUUUUUUGGUCCAUCCUAAUACAGACGUAUCAUAAUAUAUUUAUUUAUGAACAUUUUGUCCAAAGAGUAUAGCCCAUAUAAAUUAAUAUAUAUGCAUAUUUUAUAUAGUUAUUGUGGGAGAGAUUUAAGGAAUUUGCUCGUGAUACUGAAGCAACUGGUAGUGAACGCGUGGCUACAGUUAACGGUAUUGCUGAUCAACUCAUCAACAUUGGUCACAGUGAUUCAGCCAAAAUUGCUGAAUGGAAGGAUAGUCUUAAUGAACAAUGGCAAGAUUUACUUGAACUAAUUGAAACUAGAACACAAGUAUAUAAUGAAAAUUAUUAUUUUUUAAUCUUAUAUUGGUUAAUCAAUAUUUAAUGCAUAAUAUAUUGUAUUCUUUUUAGAUGUUGGUUGCUUCGCGAGAGCUCCACAAAUUUUUCCACGAUUGUAAGGAUAUGGUUAGUCGUAUUGCAGAGAAAAGUCAUGAAAUGUCUGAAGAUCUUGGCCGUGAUGCAGGUUCUGUCCAUACAUUACAACGUAAACACCAAAGUUUCUUACAAGAUUUACACACACUCAACACACAAGUUCAAACUAUCAGUGAGGAUUCUGCCCGGUUACAAACAUCAUAUGCUGGAGACAAAGCAAAAGAAAUUACUGGACGAGAAGCAGAAGUUGUGAAUGCUUGGGCUGCUUUACAAUCAGAAUGUGAAUUACGCAAACAGAAAUUAGCUGACACUGGGGAUUUACACAAGUUCUUUAAUAUGGUCAGAACAUUAACCUUAUGGAUGGAUGACGUUGUUAGACAAAUGAACACGUCAGAAAAACCAAGGUGAUUUGGUGUUACUUUAAAUUUUUAUUGUAAUGUUUAUUAAUGUUUAUUUUUUUUUUUUUAGAGAUGUUAGUGGUGUAGAAUUAUUGAUGAACAAUCAUCAGAGUUUAAAAGCUGAAAUUGACACCAGAGAAGAUAAUUUCACUGCUUGCAUUUCUUUAGGCAAAGAACUACUUUCAAGAAAUCAUUAUGCUUCUAAUGAAGUAAAUUAUUUCUUUGUUCAUUAUAAGAUUGACAUGUAUUUUAAAAAAAAAAAAAUGAUUAAAUUUUUCUAGAUAAAAGAUAAACUAAUGUUACUGAAUACGCAGAGAAACUUAUUACUUAAUAGAUGGGAAGAACGGUGGGAAAAUCUCCAGCUUAGUACGUAUUUUGUUUUUGAUAUUAUUGUUGUGUUACUAUUGUAUUUGUUGUAUAUUCUUUAGUUUUGGAAGUAUAUCAAUUUGCCAGAGAUGCUGCUGUCGCCGAAGCAUGGUUAUUGGCUCAAGAACCAUACAUUAUGAGUUUAGAAUUAGGAGUAUGUUAUUUAAUUGGCUCUAUUAUUAUAAAACUAUUGUCUAUGCAAUUUCUCUAUUUAGAUGACCAUUGAUCAAGUGGAAAAUUUGAUAAAGAAACACGAAGCAUUCGAAAAAUCAGCCAUAGCACAAGAGGAGAGGUUCUGUGCUUUGGAACGAUUAACUACAGUGAGUUUAAAUAAUAUUAAUUUUGUAUUAAAAUGUAUUAUUUAAAAUAACUAAGAAUGUUGUGGUUUAUUUAGUUUGAAUUAAAAGAAAUCCAACGUAGAAAAGAAGAAGAAGAACAAAAACGACAAGAAGAGCUAGCUAAACAAGCAGCUCAAGCUGAAGCUGAAGCAGCUGAAAAAGCUGCGUAUGACCAUUGUUAUUUAUUUUUUUUCUUUAUAAUAGGAUAAAAAUAGUCUAUCCUUCUAUUCUUUACUAAUAUUUAUAGUAUAGUAGCUAUAUUAUUUUAUUUAUUUGCAUAGAGCGGAAGAAGCAUCAGAAGCAGACGGAAAACAAACAAAAGAUGGGGAAGGUCGUCCUGGUAAGUUAAUAUUUUUAGUACAUAUAAAUGCAUGCAAAAUAAUGGGUUUAAAAGAAUUUGAUAAAAUUAAUGGCGCUAAUAAUAAUAAUAAAAUCAUGUACUUAUGAGUAUAAUUUGCUGACAAAUUUGCAUUAUUUUAUCUAAGCACACAUCUGUGCGCCAUCUAAGUUUCAGCACAUAUACUUUUCUUAAAUAAGAGUGAGUUUUUUUUAGUUAAAAUCGAAAAUCAUAUAUAUAACUUAUAAUUUUAUUCAUAGUAUAAUUGUCCAAAGAUAAAUAAGAAAUCUGAAAAUUGUAAAAUAUUAUCAUAUGUUGGGUUCUUUCAUUGGAUUGGUUUCCCUUCUAAUAUGAUAUCAAAUAAAAUGAUGUAUAUAUAUAAUCGUAUUAACUUAUUGUGUUAAUUGUACAAAUUGUAAAGUUUUUUAGAGAAAAAAAAAAGUGUAAAAAAUAUAACUAUUGUCAUAUAUUAUAAAUAGGUAUUUAUUAUGCACUAGGAUUUUUAAUAUUGUAAGUGUUUGUAAGAUAUUUAUUUAAAGUAUUUAUUAAUAGAAAAAAAACUAUUUUUCUUAUAAAAAAUCAGAUUAUUGAAAUUAAAAGUAGCUGUAAUUUGCUAUCUGAAGGUUUAGUUAAAACUAUAUUAGUCUCACGUUUGCCAUAAUUUGUCCAUGUCCAACAAAGUUAACACAUUUUUUCAAAAUGUCGCAAGUGCCCCUUAACUAUUUUUUAAUUGUUGAAAUCAACCAUAAACUGUUAUCAAACAUUCAAAAAUUUCUGUAUCAGUUUUGGCUAAUUUAAAAUUUAAUUUAAUUUUAGCCCGUUCAAAUUUCGAUAUUUAAAAAAAAAAAAAAAUCAUAAAUUCUGUUUCGUAUAAACAAAUGAGAGACUAAUGUAGUUUUAACCACUAAACCUACAGAUAACAAACCAAAUUUAUUUUUUAUUUCUGUAAUCAGAUUUUUGAUAAGAAAAAUUGUCUUUUAUUCUAUACAUUAAUUCCAGGAAUUUUUUGAUCCUCUUAUGCAUAUCAUUAUAUACCAUGUGUUGAGGUGUAUUGAAACUAAUUAAACAUGAUGUAAAUAAACAUAAUGAUAUUACAGCUACAACAAAUUAUUAGUAUACAACAAAAUAUUAGUACUUGCAUUUACAUUUGAUCUCAUCAUUAACUUUGUAAAAUUCAUCAAGGAACAAAAGACCACUUGUAUAUGUGCAAAUAAAAAAAUUUAAGGGUUAUAUUAUAAACCUUUGGUAGAAUAAAUCAAAUUCAAAAAACAAUAUUUACACAUGUAUAAUAUGAACAUAAUAUUGUUUUUCUGUUAUUAUUUGCACGCUUGCGUUCUCUAAAUCUAACAUUAGCGUCGAUACGUAAACCUCCACCCACUAACCUCGCAUUGACAUCGCCGAUUGAAAAACCUACUGCAGGUCAGUCAAACAAUAAUACUUAAAACAAAUAAAAUGAUUAUAGUAUGUUAUUUAUUUGUUAUUCUUAUCGAUACUGCAUUGCAUGUAUUUUAUAUUUGCUUAAGAUAAAAUAUAGAUUCUGCCUAUACAUAUUCCAUAUGGACAUGACAUGCAUGACUAGAAAAUAUUUUAUUUUCUUAUUAGUAGUUUAUUUAGGCGUUUAUUUUUUUUUUGUUUUUCUCUGGCAUGGAGUCAAAUUGAAAAUGUUUGUUAUUAACAUUUGUAGUGCAUGACAGCUCUGCAUCGAGUAGGAAGAGCAUUGGCAGUCCCGCUACACCCACAGGGGUCGCUAGAUCUGCAUCUACAUUGCCCUCAAGUAAGUAUUUUGGCUGUCUCGAGCAUACUGCUUGCUUCUUUCAUUAUACAUAAUUUUGUAUUUUUCUCUAACGUAAAAAGUGCUUUCAUGUUUAGGCAUGAGACUUAAUGACGUUUUCAUUUUAGUUUGCUUGUUUGUAAAAGUAUUUUUGUUUGUGUGUGUAUUUUUAAAAACGUAUAGCUUCGCGAAACCAAUUAGUCAAAGAUCGUAACAAGGACAGGUCUCGGUCAAAGUCGCCGUUUCGCAGUUUCCGGUGGAAAAAAUCACCGCCAAAGAGCCCGUUGUCAGCUGUGUCAGCCAGCGAUGACGAGGCCAUCGUUGAACCCACUUCAGGUAUUGUAAAUAUUAAACGUGUGACCGGCGGCAAUAUCUGCCGGAACUUUGCGUGUAAGUCUUAUGCAUGAUUACUAUAAAAUAAUACUUAAUAUGUUACAUGAUAACUACAAUGGCCGCAAAAAUUUGGGAUGUAUGUGUGUGUGUGUGUGUGUGUGUGUAUAUGUACUACUUCAAAACUGAAAUGCUUACUUCAGAACAUUACAUUUUUUUUAUAUUUGUGUCAUGAUUAUUUUACAGAUCAAUCAGCCACUGAAGCUGAUAGUGAAAUUCUAGAAGGAAUACUCAACAGGAAGCACGAAUGGGAAUCUACCACAAAAAAAGCAUCAAAUAGGUAAUUGUCCCGUUUUCCAGAAAUUUGUAGGAGGGGGGAUAGAAAAAAAAAUAAAAUAGAAGUAUUAUCUAAUAGUAUGUGAUAAAUAUAAUAAUAAAAUUGAAUGUACAAAUAUAGAAAAUAAUUAAUAAAGAAAAGCAUAUUCUAUACCUAUUAAUUAUUUUCUGUGUAUAUUAAAUUUUGUUAUUUUUUUUAUUUAUUUAUACUUAAACCGUUUAUUCAUUAAAUAUUAAUAGUAAAGACCUUUUUUCUUCAUACAAAUAUUUUCUACAUUCAGUUCAAAAUAAUAAUGUAUCUUAUUGUGAAGGCUGCGUCUGGUUCCCAAUUAUAAUCUUGUCAUAUUUGAGCAUAACUCUUUAAAGUUGUAAAUCAAUUGCAGCUGACCGGUACAAUGGCAAACCUGUUUGUUCCACUGCUCGGGUUGGUUCUUAUUCUAAAUUGUGUAAAACUCUGGUUUCUUUUCUCUACACUCAACCAAAAUACAGCACCAUACAAGUUCUUCUUGUGUUGAUCAUCGGUUUCUUUUUUUUUUUUUUCAAAAAUUACAACCUUUUUUUCCCCAGUAAUCAAUGAUUCAUAUAAUUUCGUCUAUGAUUUCUGUUAGUCCAAUAAAAUCUUUCAUUUCACAUCCACUAGGUAUCAAUGUACACUCGAUCAGAUGGUUUGAUGUUUGUUUCUCUCCAUACUCGCAAUUUGCACUGCCAGUGAUUUCCACCUAUUUAGAUUUUCUUUAAUUCUUCCUACUUGUGUCCUUAGACGGUUGAGAGUUUUUCACAUUUUCUAGGGUAGGUUAUAUCCUGGUGAUAAAGUUUCUUUGGGCGUACCCCAGCCUGUGAGCGUAUUCCCCUUUGUUCAUUCUUUCCAUGCUUCAAUCCGGUUAAUAAUUAGGUUUUCCCUUAGUGGUGAUGUCAUUUUCAUAAAGUACUUUAUCGAUUUUAAUCUGCUAUUGGUUGGAGUUACUCCAUACAUUGCAUGAUUGUUGUCAUUUAACUGUGUUUGCCCCUUUCUAUAUUAGCUGCUAUUUCUCGUCUUAUUUUAGGCGGCGUUAUUCCACUUUAGAUUUGCACUUUGUUUAUAGAAGUUGGUUUUAAGCAUCUUGUUAUUAAUCUUACCUUGCCAUUUAAUACUAUAUCUACUUUCUUUGCAUGAGAUAAUUAUUGCCAUACUGGGCAUGCGUGCUCCCCAUCUGCGUAGCAUAGUGCAAGACCAGAUGUUCUUAGCACUUUUGGGUCAGCACCCCAUCUUGUUCUCAUUAGUUUCUUUAUUUAUUUCUAGCAGUGAUCUUUUUGCUUACACUCUCACAAUGUGCUUUAUAUGUCAAUGGUCUAUCCAAUUUUACUCCUAGGUAUGUGGCAUUAUAUAUAUGCUCUAGAUGGUAUGUAAAAACUUGUGUUUUUGUGGGGUUAGGUUUUUUUAGGUGAUUCUAUUCAUAGUAUGUUGAUAGUUUAUUCAAUGUUCCUUGUAUUCUGUUUUCGACUUCCUCAAAAUGUCGUCCUCUGGCUGCUACUGCUGAAUCAUCAGCGUAAAGAAUUUUUUUUUUUUAUUAGCUGGUCGUUUAUGUACACGUUAAAUAACAUUGGUGCAAGUACAUUGCCCAUUAUUCUGUCUCCUCCAUUUACUAUUCUUUCCUUGUAACGUUACAUAAAGUCUUCAGUUCUUUAGCAGCAUACCGAUAACGUUUGUUAGUUUAAAGUCCUUUGAUGUCUGAUAUAAUUUUUUCAGGAGUAGUCUGUGAUUAACUCUAUCAUAGGCAGCAGUUAGAUCGAUAUAUGCUAUACUCGUUAUAUAUUUUACUUUGUGUUCUUCUUCAAUGUGGUGGACUAGAUUUAGAACUUGUCUAGUGCAUGAUUUUCCAGACCAGAAGCCUGCCUGUUUGUUUAUUAGUUUCUUUUCUAUCUCGUGCUUUAUUCUAUUUAAGAUCAUUCUUUCAAAAUAUUUGUAUAUAUGGUUUAGUAGCAAGACAGGUCUGAAGUUUCUGUUAUGGCACAUCUUUUAAUGUUAUUCUUGAGAUAGAAGUGUAUAAGUCAAAGUGUAACAGUGUGAAUAAUAAUUCACAGGUCGUGGGACAAAGUGUUUGGGUGCGUGCAGGGCACACACUUGGCGUUCUAUAAGGACGCUAAAGUAGCCAAGAUCUCGCCGGACACAUACUUCAAGGGUGAGAUGCCAAUUGAUCUUCGCGGAGGUUCUGCCGAAGUAGCCACAGAUUACACCAAAAAGAAAUUUGUGUUGAGGGUCAAGUUGGCAAGUGGCGCCGAGUUCCUGUUCCAGGCACGCAACGACGUCGAGAUGCGCCAGUGGGUGAAUACCUUGAAGAAUGUGUGCGAACAAGAUGCUGCAGGCACGCAUUCUCGAUCGCAAACACUACCAGCUGUUGGUGACAAACGCGAUGAGCCCAAACGACGUAGUUUCUUUACUUUGAAAAAGGUGUAAACUUUUUAUAAUUUUGAUUUUACACAAACAAAAAAAAAGGUAUAAUAAACAACACAAAUUAUAUUAUAUUUUGACUUGCACCGUCUACCACUACUAGUGGCUCCUGGACUCGUCGCUGUUGUUGUCGUAUCCUCACGCGUUUCUAACUUUUUUAUUUAUUUUUAUUUUUUUUUUUCAAUUGUUCAAGUAACAUUAAAUAUUAUUAUUAUUAUUUUUAUUAUUACUAUAUUAUAUUAUCGAUGACAGCUAAUACCUAUUUUAUUACUUUACAUACUUGCUUUGAAAAAAAAAAAAGUUAAUAUAUUAUUAUGUAUAAGCUAGGCAGCUCGCACGUGGAAAAAAUAAUAAAUAUAUUCACUCUCAAACCUUGCACACCAACAUUUUAUCAUUUUAUAUUUUAUAUGUAUCGAUUAACCAAAAAAAAAAUAUAAAUGUUUAGUUUUAUUAUUUUAGAUUCUAGAUAUGUUUUAUUUAUUUACUGUAUUUUUAAUUUUUUUUUUUUUUUACGCCUAUUUACACCCGUUUAAUAUCUAAUUUAUAUUUAUAACAAAUCUAUUAAGCUAAUAUUUAUUUGACACACUGUUCAUUUUAAAGUAUUAUUUUUGUUAUACAAUUUGAUAACAAUAUGCCUGGUCGAUGAAUAUUGAUAAAUAAAAUAUAUUUAGAGCAAUUUUAGUAUUUUUAAGAGAUUUUAUUAACUUAUUAAAUUAUAAAUAUAUAUUAUAGAAAUCAUUUAUAAAUAUAAUUUGAAAAAUUAUUUAUUUAUUUAUUAAAAUUAAAGAAAAAUAUUCAUAUAGAAAUUACAAGAUUACUAAAUAGUUACCUUUAAGGCUUUAAAGUGUAAAUUUUAAUACAAUUUUACUAUAAUUAUUUUUUAAUAAUAAUUUAUUAAAAAAAAAAUCUAUAUAAUAUAAUAUUAUUCUACUAUUCGGCGUUUGGUUCCUCUACGCUAAUUUUAUUUUGCGCUAGCUAUGAGAAAAAAAAAAUGUUAACUAAUGAGCUGGAAAUAAGUAGAUGAGUUUAUAUAUUUAUUUGAUAGAAAUAUUUGAUACCUAUUGAUAUUUUCAAUGUUUAUGUAAAAUUAAAGGAAAUUAUAUAUUAUUUAACUUUGCUUAAAAAAAGAAAUUGUUUAUAGUGGAUACAUUAAAAAAAAUAUAUACAUAUAUAUUAUCUUCAAUAUUAAUUGUUUUAUUUUUGUUUAGCACAAUGUAU